CUUCGGCGUUAGCUUAGGCAAGGAAGGUGAGGGCCCAGAUCUAGGGAGCUAGGUAGCAAGGCGCUGCGCAUGCCGGGGAAGUGAGUCUCUUGAGUCUAGGAAUGACAUGCCACCACCACCCGCCAGGCCACUGGGGUUUAUUAGCUCGCUUGGUGUAUGCGCUUGGGUUCAACGGGGCUCAGCGGGUGACUGUGUCUGAUAUCAAGUGGCGGCGGACGACUGUGCUUGUGUCUGAUAUCGAGGGGAGCUAUCACUAUUUCUGCUUAUGGAUUGCCAUCACGCCUGGCGUUUCACUGAAGAACAGUGCCUGUUUGGAUAGCAAGAACGAGCGUGACAUGCGCAGCUGCUGUCUGGAAAAAGUUCCGGCCUCGAAUUGCGGUCUUGGCGAUGCGACGACUUGCGCGAAAUUUCCGAUCUUGGAACUUGACAGAGGCACGAAGCUCGUCAAUUUGGGCGACAACUGUGACCAGGGCCCCGGCUGUAUCCGUGUCCAGCUGUCAUUCCUGCGCGCAGUGUCUGACUACAGUUACAAACAGACGCAUAGGAACACCGCAAGGGCCUAGAAUUUUGCAGGAUCUUGCUAUGGUCAAUUUUGCAGGGAGUUGAAUGCCCGCGACUUCUGUUCUGUAUGUAUUUGAUAACUAGCGCCCAAUCUGGUCACCUUCCUCUUCAAUGCGUAGAAGGGUAGAACCCUUCCGCGCCGCUUUCCAUGAAUGUAAAGCAGGCGCAGAAGGUUCGGCGGAAGAUGGUCGAAGGAGCUGGGCGUUGGUUGGCGGCGUCUCCAUUGAAAGGCACCGGGCGAGUUUGGUUUAUUAGUCAUAAGGCGUCUCGCCUUUUUUGCUUUUUUCAUGUUUGCAACUCGACGCGCAAGGACUCAACCUUCGGCAGCAGGUAACAAAAGGAAAAGCGCGAAAAAGUGAACCGGUAACAAGACAGGAGCACAAACAAGGGCAGACAAGGCAAGGCAGCAGCAUGAACAAGAACAGGGCAGGGCAUAAACAAAAGCAAGGCAGGAGCACGAACAAAAGAAAAGGACGGGGGACCCCUGCCCGCCUUCGUGCCUCCGUGUUGCGUGAAUAAGUGGCGCAGCGCGUUACCCACUCGGCUGGGGUCGCUUUUUUGUCGUAUUCCUUUGGGGGAAUAUAAACAGAAAAGGCGGCCAGUCGUGUAGGCCUCUUGUUAUGUACCUCACCCAGCCGCAGUCGCCUGGAUCGGUUGGCUGCGGGUUCUUCGGCUAUUGUGGUGGACUCGGGUUCGGCACCGGUCUGGCGGGUUAGCUCGUUGCCGUGUGUGGCCCCUGGGCGUUUCUUUGCCCGUGGGCUUGCUGUGUGGUGGGUCGUGUUGUUUGGGCCGGGGGGGUUCGUGCUCGUCGUCUGUCUUGUGCUCGCCAGGUCUUUGCGGCGGCCGCUUUUCGUGUCGUUUUCGGCGAAUAAGAGCCGCCGGAGAGAGGGCGCGGCGGGUCCCUUGGUUGCUUUUGGUUUUCGUUUCUUGGUUGUCUUUGGGGGCUCGAUGUUGGCUCUGGUCGUUGCUCUCGGAUUUACUUUGGCGCGCUGGUGGGCUGUAGUGGUCAUGCUCUUCCCCUUGACGUGUUGGCGCUUUUUCAUCUUUAUGGUGCUAGAGAUUAGCGCAAGCGUGGCGCGCUAUCCUCGUAGGUAGUUGGCUCUGUGGCGUUCGUUUUGGCGCUGCGCUCUCCAUCAAAUCGGUGGACACCCGGCCGCCUUCGCUUCACGCGCGCCAGUCUUUCAGUGAGGCGCGCCCCGGCUGAAGCGCUUCGCUACGUACUUUGCUCGCCCAAAAAGUCUGCUUUUCUGUGAUGUUGUGAGGCGGACUUAAUGAAAUAAAAAGGCCAAGGCCCCUCCAGGCGUGUCGCGUCUUGCUCUUGGUAUUUUGAAAACCCAAGGAGAGAAAUCGCACCCCUUCGGCCUCGGUGUUUUCGUUCAUUUCCACGGGGUCCAGUUUUCUGAUUUCGGUCGUGGUGUCUAUAGCUCUCUGAUGCCUUAAGGGUCUUGAGAGCCUUACAAAAAUUUGGCAAGAUCUUGCAAAAUUCUGAGUCUGCGCGCGUUCUUAUCUGUUUGCACUUGCUACAAUGUAGACCGGGUGCUGUUGGUGCUCGGGAAUCGCGACACGCACCACCUCAAGAUCAUGUCUGAGGCGGGUAGCUGGCGCGAGCUCUCCGAGUUUUAUCAGCAGCGGGGCGCAUAUGGCCUUGGCGUUCCACAGGGGGAAGGCGCAAACAUCGAGACAGUGGUAAAGUGGUCGCUUACAUUGAGCAACCAGCUUGGUGGACAGUAUGCAUUACCUUCCGAAGCUUGGGAGUCCCGGAGACAAGAGCUGGGGAUCCUUCUCGGCGAAGAUGAUGGCCACGAAAUUACCGACGCCGCGACGGCCGCUAGUUUUGUGUAUGAUCAAUCAUGACGCCCAUGUCUGUAAAGCAUAGGCUGUGAGACGCGCUGCAGCUGGCAGAUCAAAGAAGCAGGAAUGGCAGCAGCUCGCUUUCGCUGUUAUUCUGCCCCGCCUGUGUGUCAUAGAUAUCUCAAAAAGACCGGCGGCACGCGUAGAGGCGCCGGCUUGAGAAUGGCCCCGCGGUGCUUUUUCUUGUGUGUACGCUUUGGCGACGCCCUCGGGCCGCUUGUGAGUCUGGGCCAGUUGCUGGCCGUCCCAUGUGCGGCAUCAGUUUUUUAGACGAAGAGGAGCCCGUGGCGGAUGCGCCUUGCGUAGUGCGUUGUGACCGGGGAGCGCGGCUGUAAAGGAGGAAGCCACACGAAGCGCGCCUCUCUCGGUCGUAGUUGCUUCGGUUCCGUGAUUGUCAGCCCCCCACAGGAGGAGGGGCGCGGGCGGCUGGGGACUGUGCGGGCGGUUCGUGCUCGUUUUCGUGGGCGUGGCGUCGCGUGCCCGCGUGCUAGCGCUGCGCAUCUGUAAACUUCCAUAUACAGACAUGGCUGGCGUGCUUGCUUCCAUUAUGCAAUCUUGGUGGCUCCAGACAAAGCGGAUACAAAACCAGAUGAACGCAGUGACUAUAUGCAUGCAAGUUGCAGCUCCAGCGCGCCCCCUGUUAUGCACUGAAUUAGUACGGCACAAACCUAGACCGUGGGAAGGAUGUUGGUUGAAGAAGAGAGAAGGGGCGAGAGGUGGUGGAGAUUGUGAGGGUGAACGGCUGACCUGAAGUGGAACGGUCGGCCGCAGGAUCCACGUGAGAGAGUCACGACACGUAUGAGCAGACAAAUUGCAAAAUGCUUCAAGAUCGGAAUUGAUUUCAUUCGAAAAAAUUCCUACAGCCGUCGACUAUAUUUAGAACGAAAACAGGGUCUGAGCUGAUCCUGUUCGGCAGUCUUCUCAUCUCGUUCGAAACACCUCAGGGACAACUUCAGCCGCGAGCGUGAUUCCUUCUUCGACCUCGAGAGGCUACUUCCGGCGCGCGGUUCGGUCAUGGCUGCUGCUCUUGCGGCGGAUGGUCUACAAAUAAUUUAACUAGCUACUGAAAGUAAAUAGUUAGAAAUAUCGAGUGAUCUAGUUACAGUUAGUUUUGCUGGGUAGUUAAAAGCUACAUUAAAUUUGUUCGAAAUCAAACUAGAACGGGUGGAGACCUACCGACCUGCUUCCCUCCCGGGCUUCUCGCUUAGGGGGAGAGCCGCAACCUUUCGGGCGCUCGUUUUUUCGACUCGUCCGCCACGGGGUGACGGAUUUCGCGCGCUGGGUUUUCUUGUUUCGAAGAUUCCGGAUUUUGCUACUCUGCUUGCGAACUGGCGACGUUGUUUCGAAGUAGGAGCCGCCUCGCACCGAGAGGAAUCGCCAAGGUUAGAGCAUGCAAAUAGUUUAGAUUUUGAACUAUGAGAAUGGGGCUGGGCUUGAGUCUGAGAGACCCAGGCCCCAGCGUCCUUCUGGGGCUUGAACCAAUUAAGAGCACGCAACUUAUACAAAUUAAGACGGGGGAGAGUCCCUAAAAGGCAGCACGACCUAGAAAGGUGCGCGCCUCGCGUCUUAUAAAUUAAAGCAUGGACUAUCUCCGGCGCAAAUAUUCAAUAGCAACAAAUUUAGCGCAGAGGCAUCCUCAAGGUUUCUCGUCCGACAAAUGUCGCAAAUGGAUGCGCUUCCGGAUUGCGAGCUGGGUUAUCCAAUACACAACCGACACAAUACGAUGCCAAGCGCUAUUAUAGGCGGGCGACUGGGUGCAGUAUCUUGCUCAACUACUUGAAACCUUGAAAAGUCUUGACCAAUCCAAAAAGAGGAUGACGAGCGUGGUCCUUUCUGUGUACUUAUGGGCUGUGGCUGGGCACUCCAGUACACAGUCAACCAAAUGCGAAGUCAAACGAUUCAAACAGAUGCGAAGUCAAACGACUUCAAAAAGAUGCGGAGUCAAAUGGUUCAAACAGGUGCGGAGUCAAAUGGUUCAAACGCGUGCGAAGUCAAACGAUUCAAACAAAUGCGAAGCCAAGCGCGCUGGGUGCUUCCAAUACACAUGAACUGCGACCGGGUGCUUCCAAUACGCAGUCGACCUGUGAAGUCAAACGCUAUAAGCGGGUGACUGCGCGGCAUUUCCUUGAGCCGUCCGGCUUGAGCAAUGCGAAAAAGUCCGGAGCUUGAUAAGCUUAACGACGAAGAUAAAAAAAAACGCGUAGUCCUUUAUCUUAAAGGAUCAGCCCGGUGCCCUUCUAUUCGCAUAGGAUAGCGCAUGGCCCGAGGGUAUAUUUAAUCUGUGUGCUCAGUCAUCUCCGAAAGAUAUUAAAUGAGUCAAGUGUCGGCCUUUGAGUCGUGGCAUCUUAGCGGGCGAGUAGGUGAGAGAUCAGGGCGCAGCUUCCCUUGUAUGAUCAGACGAAUGCUACGCAGUGGAGCGAUCUCGAGCCUCCUUGUGUUCGAUAAGGUAGUAGCUAUUCUUUAUUAUUUCGAUGGGUCCCUCCCAGUAAAGAUCUGGGGCGCCUGUUGCAGAUCUUGAGAGCUUUUCUUUAUUAGCAAAUGACUUCGAGCAGCUAUUUUGGCACCCUUUGGAUUCGUGGCACCGUUUGGAGUGGGAUGGUCUUUCGCUCUCUCCUGAGCUCUCUAGUCUGGUAGAUACUCGCUCUACGAUCUCUAGGGCGAUCGCUAGGGGCCGAGUAAUCGCCCCAAACUGUAGACGGCCCUACAGUGCGGCGAGGACGAGGCUGAUCUAGUCACGGUUUGACUUUGAGAAUACGAUCUGAGCACGGUCUGGCCUAUAUCUAGGCGCGUCCCUUGUACGGGUAUGGCUAGCCUUGUCACAGAGUAAACUAGUUAGAGCCUUUCGUAGGCUAAGAUAAUCAGCCGGACCCCCUUCGGGCGGCGGAAGAUAAUAAAAUAUGAACAAAAAGGCAAUAGAAAAUCUCUGCAAAGCACGGAAGAAGUCGGCGCUGCGUUUUUGUAGGUCGAAGCAGCAGCAAGAUUGAGCAUUCGUGAGGUGGCGGCCUGGCGUUGCUCAGCAUCGUGAACUGUUCUCGCAUGUGGGGGCCAUUGGCUCGCCUCGCCCAGUCAGAGCGCUGGCGCCUGUGUUCGCUCUCUGCGUUUUGGAUCCAGUUUUCUGGCUUCCAAGCAUGCAGGAGCCUGGCUCGUCGCUGUGUCGGUCUUUGCAAGAUUGUCAGCGUCAGAUUGAUUGACGAACGGUAGUGGCUCAGCCAGCAUCUGAAUAAUGUCGACCCGCAUCAGUGGGGAACUUUCGGAGUGUUCGCGUCUUUUUCUUAGUGUGCAGCAGUUGUUGCUUUUUAGUUGAUCGCCAGUCGGAUUUUCUCGACUUUUUUGUGUAGUUAAGAAGUCACUACGUCCACUUCUUCACGAGGAUGAAUAUGGCAGCUGUUUCCUCCUCGUCUGUGCAUUUGACGCCCACCGACGUGGCGUCUGGGUGUGACGUGCUCUGAAGGGCUUCGUUGGUGCCUAGGGUGCCAUAAUAAAAACACAGACUGAAAACCUUUAGCAUUUAAGGAAAGGCGACUUAUGUACUUUGCCAUAUUUGAAAACCUUCCGGGCGUUGAACCAAUUAAGAGCACACAGUUAGAACAUCUAAAAUGGGGCGAGUCCCUAAUGGCAACACUACCUAGAAAGGCGUGUAUCUCGCGCCUUGAGAAAUGUGGUUACUUCCGGCGCAAAUAUUCAAUAGCAACAAAUGUAGCGCAAAGGCAUCUCCGCAAGGUUUCUCGUCGACAAAUGUCGCAAAUAAAUGCGCUUUCGGAUUGCGACUGGUCCAACCAGUACACAAUCGGCACAGAUGAGCGGCCAAACGCUAUAGGCGGACGACUUGGCUACAGUCUUGAUUCUUGAGGCGUCUUGGUGGCAAAUCGGCCGUGAGUCGCAUGUGGUUACAAAGAAGACAAUGCUUGCGAAAGAGAAAGACGGGCCAGCUUGCCUUGAGUUAUGUAGAUAUGCAGCCAUUUAUCUUAAAUGACCAGUCCAGUGCCCUUCUAUUCCCAUAGCGUAAGAUCCGAAGGCGUCUGGUCUUUCGUUGCAUUUGUGUGCUCAGUCCUUGAGCCAAAAGAUAUUAAAUGAGUCAAGUGUCGACUCUUGAGUCGUGUUAACUUGUCGAGCGAAUAGGUGAGAGAUCAAACGCGAUUGCCCUAUGUGAUCAAGCGGAUGUGACUUAGUGGAGCGAUCUCGAGCCUCCUUCUGUUCGAUAAGAUAGCAACUGCCUGCGUUGCUUUUUUAGUAGGUCCUUCUCAAUAAAGAUCUGGAGCUUCGGUUUCAGAUCUGGAAGGCGUUUUGCUUUUGAGGUGCUCUUUUGCACCUUUUUGGAGUGGGGUGAUCUUUUCGCUCUCUCCUGAGCUAUCUAGUCUGGCAGAUAGUCGCUCUACGAUCUCUAGGACGAUCUCUAGACGCCGAGCCGUCGCCUUGUGCUGUAGAUGGUUCUCCCGCGCGGUGAAAACGAGGCUGAUCUAGUCGCGAUUCUAGAAUAUGAUCUACGUGUGGUCUGUCGUAGAUCUGGCUACGUCUCUCGUACGUGUUUGAUCUAGCCUUAUCACGCCGUAAGAUUGAUUAGUUCUCGAAAUAUAUGAUGAAGCGAUACCUAUUUCGAGUAAAAUGAGAGAAGUUGCCUACUUAUGAUCAAAUGGCAAGUGUCAGCAUGUUGGCAAACCCCCCCUGUAAUUCGCGAGUUAGUCGCCUCUAUUAAGUCGCGAACUACCUAUAUUCGACUGUAGUUCGGCCGGAGAGUCUGGGCCGUGAGAAAGGAUUACUGCCAAGCAGUAGUCUGCUAAAGACUAUGCUUGAAGAACUACCAGGGAAUAUAUUGUCUCAGCGUGGUACUUCUUGCGCACUCGGGGGAAGAGUGUCCCCUUCUUGUGAUGUUGAUAGUGGGCAUUCAACUAUGUGACGUCUCGGACUCUUCUCCUCCAAGAUUAAGCAGCUACUUCCGUACGUAGUGGAAACCUAUCAAAACACACGAAAACUUACACAAGCACUGAAAACAGGAAACAUCUCGAACCCAGAGCCUGGGCUGAUGAUCUUGGGGGCCCCCUCUCUAAGUUAGAUUCUCCCCGGCUAAGAAUCUGCUCAAGUAUCUAGGUGGGCUUCGGCUCUUCUCCUUAGUUUUCUGGUGUCGUGCUUUUACCGAUGUCGCGUUCUCAAGGAUUUCCCUGCUGUGUUUUCUCUAUUGUAGCACCAACAGACCAACAACCCCGAAGAGCACGGUCAGAAGCCUCCACGGAACCGCCAGCGUUCUUUCGCGGGUGGACGUUUCGCCGACCUUGCGGCACCAGCUGCUUGCGUGAUUGCAUCGCCGCAGCAUGGCUAUAGUUAAUUUUUUUGGCUCAGGGUGUUUGUCUAUGAUGGCGCCUCUGCGACCCUUGGGGGAUGUUUCCCCGGGGGUUGGUCGAGGUUUCGCGCAGUGCUUAGGAUGCGAGAGAAGGAAGGAGGGCAAAACCUAGGCCGUGAGCUUGUGAGGGAGGCGGCAAAAGCGAGAGUGCCAACAAUCAAAAGUGAAACAGAGGAAGAAAGAGAAGCGGAGGAAAUUCAUCAGGGUGCACAUGCACAACUGCAACACGCUAAAGGGCAGAGAGGAGGCUUUAGCGCAGGACAUGAGGGCGAACGGGAUAGACGUAGCGUUCCUGCUGGAGAGCAGAUUGCCAGAGGGCAGCAAGUGGGUCGGGGGGUACAAGUUGACAACGCAGGCAGGGAGGGGGGCGAAAAAUGCCGAGGGGGUAACGGUGGCCCUGUCGGCAGAAAUAGCGAGACACGUGCAAAACAUCGACACCGCGACCGAGCAGACGGCCAGGGUCGAGAUUGGGGGGGGAGGCGCGACUAACCCUGGCUGGGCACUAUGGGAGACAGGAAGGGGAACUAGGAGCGGAGAAGAGGUGGGCGCAGCUGCAAAGGGAAGCAGACAAUUGGCAAGGGGCGACGUUUCUCUUCCUCGAUGCAAACAGGAAGAUAGGGGAAACGAGAGAGGGCCUGACGGGGUCCCGGAUAGUGGACAGGGUGACCACCGGAAGCGGGGAGGAGUUACUGAGGUUGGCGCAGCUUGGGGGCAUGCGACUCGCCUGCACGACAGGGAAGAAUCGAGCAGCGGAGGCGCACGCCUAUGAGUACACCACUGCGAACGGGGAAGGGCGUAGCAAAAUUGGCUACAUCUUGGCAAACAGGGAGGCGAUGGGGAGGCUCCGCAAGAUACAGAUAGGGGGAGACAAAAUGGGAUACACCAUGAAGGAGGAGGGGGAAAAAAGGGGCCAUAGGCCUAUGCUAGCGACGAUAGGGCGGACAGCUGGGGCGAAAGGGAAAGAGAAGGAGGGGAAUGUGGAGCCCAUUAGAUAUGACCGGGAGAGGAUCAGGGAAAUGGCAAGACAUAAGCGCGAGCUUGUCCGGCCGUCGAAGUAUGGGAAGGAGUUCCGGGAAGAAUGGGAGCGGCUGCGGGGGACGGUUGGAAGAAGGAGGGAAAAGGAAGCAGGGGGAAGAGCGAAGAAGGCCGAGGAGGCAGGCGUAGGAGGGGAGGAGGAAGGAGGAGAAAACAACACAAAGAAGACGGGUGAAAACGGUGAGAAGAGGGGGCAGCAAGAAAGGGGCACGACCUCAGAAGACAAGAGGAGGGCGAUCAGGCUGGGGAACGUGAGCAGGUGGACGCCCAGGGAAUUGCGAGCGGAGAUGAGGGAGAUACAGAAUGGAAAGAGGACGGAAGAGAGAUCGGGCGGCCUGGCAUGGAUUAAGGAGAGGCUUGGGAAGACAGUAAAGGAGCAGGAAAAACGAAAAAAGUGGGAGGAAAUAGGAAAAAUAAGGAAGAGGAGAAAGAGCCUGGAGGAACGAAUGGCAGGCUUGUUUGGCCGCUCUUGGAAGCAAGGGCAAGAGGAAGAGGGACAAGGGGCACGGCGUGAGAGGCAAAAAGAGCUGAGGAAAGUAGCCGAGGAAGAGAGGCAAAGGCUGAGGGAGUGGGAGACACUCACGAGGGCACAAAAGGACGCCAAGGGCGUGGAGGAUGUGGAAACCGAGAGGCGCGCGGAAAUGCAGGAGAUAAUGGAAUGGACAAGCAGGAUGGCGAUGAACCAGUGCAGGCAAAUGAGUGGGGUGGACGCCUACAACGAAGAGGAGGGGAAGAAAGGCGCGCGGCUGGCGAGGCUAGUGGCUGACAGGCGCUUCCGUUGGUUGAAGAGUCCUGAGGAAGGUAAGGAGGAGAAGGAGGAAGAGGAGCGGCGUCAAAAGUGGAAGGAGGAAAGAGACAGGAUGGGCGAAGGGGAAACGAAAGGGGGAGCAGGGGCACCCGAUUGGGGGGAAGCGGCGGAGAGGAUCCGGACCAUAACGGAAACGAGGAUGCCGAACGUGAGGACGGAGCGGGUAGAGGUGGCGAAGGAAGGGAUGAGGAAGGAGGCCGGCAACGUACUGCAGAGGAUGAGAGAAAAGAAGGCGAAGGCUGUGAAGGGGGGGAAGCUAGCGGGGGCCAUCCUCGCGAGGCUGGUAAGAGACUGGGACGCCGAUAGGGUCCUGUGGCAGGUCUUCGAGGCCUGGAGGAGAGGCCAUCGAGGAGGAAGAGAAAAGGGGGAGCAGGAACCUGUGGAGGAGGGAGGCAGGGCCAAGAGGAGGGCAGAAAGGGGCGCCAGAAUCAGGGAGAUGCUGGCAGAAUACGGGGAAGCGCGUAAGAACGAGGAAGAUAUCGUGCUGGAGAUCCGCGAAGAGGAGAAGAAGGCGAAGCGAGAAGGCUGGGCGGACAGAAUUAGGGAGCUUGCGAGGGGGACGAGGACAGAACAGGUGAAGUAGCUGUAUGAAAUGGCGAGACAGCACAAAGGCACAAGCAAGAGGAAGAAGAGGGCGAAAGACGUGGCGAUAAAGAUAACGGGAGCAGAUGGGAAAGUGUAAAAGAUCGCCCGGACAGACGAGGAGAUAGCAGACGCCUUCAGGCUGAUAAUCGAGGAGCUUUGGAAGAUACCGGAAGAGGGAGAAAAGGACACGGAGGAGAAAUGGCAGAAGGCGAAGAAAGAGGCACAAGUAGGGGCGUGGUCGGUUAAGAUCGGCGAGGAGUUGGCGAGCAGUUUAGAGGCCAUGGGGGGGGGAGGGCUCCCCUGGGAGGCCUACAGGGAGGCGAUAGAACAGGCGAACUACGCGAAGGCCGCGGGGCCAGGCGGGCUCAUCGGGGAGCUGUUUAAGAUGGGCCCGGUGAACUGGGCGAAGAUCUUGAAGCAGAUCGACGAGGCCAAUGGGGCAGAAGAGCAGCAGACAGGCUGGGUCGCUUGGUUGUACAAGGGGAAAGGGGACAAGGGGGAGAGAGUUAACUACAGGCCUGUGGCGGUCUUGCAGGUGGCGCAUAAGAUUAUAUGCAACGCGCACAAGAGGCAGCUUGGGAGCAUUAUAAGAGACACCGUGGGAAGGGUGCGGCGAUAUGGCCUCCAGGCCCGCCAGGAUGGGGCGCCGGGACUAUCUGCUGGAUGUGAAGGAGAUCAUAGAGGCAGACGAGACGGCGGAUCUCACGCUGGCACUGUGUGACUUGAGCAAGGCCUUCGAUCGAGCGAAGAGAGACAAGCUGUGGAGGAUCAUGCUAGAACUUGGAGUGCCGGCUGAUUAUGUGGCCAGGCUAAGGAGGCUUCACGCGAGGACCCGCAUGGUCUCACAGUGGGGGAAGCAUAGGGCGGAGGAGGUAGCGAUAUAGCUCGGGGCAUAUCAGGGGUCGCCUAUAUCGCCCUACUUAUUCAUCAUCUACACCCUCGCGAUGAAUGAAGAGAAGAGAUUGAGAGGAGGCUAGAGGAGGAAGGGCUGAUGGGGGUAGAGGUGGAGAAGAAGGCAGCCGCGGAGGAGGAGCCGCGGCGGGGAUGGGAAAACAGCAGAAGAACUUGGGCGCCAAGAAGGCACCGGUGGGGGAAUCCCGCGCCGGAGGAGCGGCAGCCAAGGCGGGGAGUGGUGGUAGAUGUGCCGGGAGUAAUUGGCGCAAACAGAAACACAGACAGGAGCUUCAGUCUGACAAUCUAUGCGGACGAUGCGAGCAUCUGGGGGCACAGUGUGGAGAAAACGGCCAGAGCUGUGGAGAUCUUCGAGGAGGUGGGAGCAAGGUACAGCAUGAUCGUGAAUAAGAGCAAAACCGAAGUGCUUACGCGUGAGACUACAUAUUCACUGGUAGCUCCCCAAGCAUAGUCUUUAGCAGACUAUUGCUUGGAAUCGCUCCUCAAGGCCCAGACUCUCCGGCCGAACUACAGCGGAAUAUAGGUAAUCCGCGACUAAUCUAAUCUAUCUUGAUAGAGACGACUAGCUCGCGUAUUACAGGGGGGGCUUGCCAACAUACUGACAGUCAUAAAUAAUCAAAGCCCUUUCAUUUUACUCGAAAUAGGUAUCAUUUCGUCAUAUAUUUCGAGACCUAAUUAGUCUUACGGCGUGAUAAGGCCAUAUCAAGCACGUACGAGAGACGUAUCUAGAUCUACGACAGACCACACCGAGAUCACAUUCUAGAGGAGAUCGUCCUAGAGAUCGGAGAGUGCGAAUCUGCUAAGACUAGAUAGCUCAGAAGAGAGCGAAAAGAUCGCCCCACUCCAAAAGGGUGCAAAAGAGCAUUACAAAAAAAAUGCUUUCAAGAUCUGAGACAGAAGCUCCAGAUCUUUAUUGAAGAAGGACCUACUGAAAAAAAAAGCAAUACAAAUAGCCGCUAUCUUAUCGAACAAAGAAGGUUCGAGAUCGCUUCAAUAAGUAGCAUUCGUUUGAUCGCAUAUGGAAAUCGCAUUUGAUCUCUCACCUAUUCGCUCGACGAGUUAACACGAUUCAAAGAUCGACACUUGACUCAUUUAAUAUCUUUCGGAUAAGACGGAGCACACAAAUGAAAAUAUACACUUGGAUCCUACGCUAUGUGAGUAGAAGAGUGGCGGAGUGGUCAUUUAAGAUAAGUGGCCUCAUGUUUACAUAAUUACAUAAAUCAAGGCAAGUUGGCCCGUCUUUCAUAAGCGUUGCUUUCUUUGUCAAGCACACAUGAUUCACGGCCGAUUUGCCACAAGACUUUCAAGAUUCAGGAUUGUGCUCAAGGUCGUCCGCAUAUAGCGUCUGACUUCUCAUUUGUGUUGAUUGUGUAUUGGUCAGACCAGCCACAGUCCGAAAGUGCAUUUAUUUGCGACAUUUGUCGACGAGAAACCUUUAUAGAUGCCUUUGCGCUACAUUUGUCACCAUCGAAUAUUUGUGCCGGAAUUAUCCAUAUUUUAAAAGACGCGAGAUACGCGCCUUUCUAGGUAGUGUUGCCACUAGGGACACAUCCCCACUUUAGAUGUCUUAGCUGUGUGUGCUUAAUUGGUUCAAGUGGUGGAGAACGAUACUGGCAACUAGUGCCAUAAUUUGGGUAUUAGUGUAGUUAUAGUAGCGCUGGCAUAGUGGUGCUUACAUUAUAGAAGCCCUAAAGCUUGCCGCUGUAUUACAUAACGUGCGUUGGUUGUGAUCCUAGCCAGUUCACCCCGUAGGCCGUGUAGUACAUACCUGCGCACUCUGGUGUAAUAGAGUUUGUCCGGGCGUCUUGGCGGGCAAGCGGAUAUCUCGAAGCACAGCGUAUAGGUUUGCGCCCUUUGUUGAUUAUAUUUAUCAAUCUGGUUUAUUUCUGAUUUAUUUGCCGGUUUAUAGUUUCUGCUUAAGAAUACUAUCUGCCACGCCCGGUUUGCAUUUAUACGAAUAUUUGCGUCCUCGCUUUAUUGUCUCUAGUAUAUCUACUCUACGUUAUAUUAGAGCCUAUAGAUAGACCUAAAGAAUGUCCACUCACGAGACGACAACAUCGGGCCAGCCGAUACGGAACCCAUUCACCCCGGGCCUGACCUUACAGGGGGCCCGAGUUGAUGGAAGUCCGGUUGACCUCGAAGGGCUGGGCAUCUCCGAUGAUCCUUCCGGCUUGCAGGAUAGCGGAGUUUUCGAGUCUCCGAACCCGCGCGGUGCUCCUGAGACUGAUCUUUCCUCUGCAGCUCCGCCUCCGUUUGUCCCGCAGCCUCCUGCUUCGGACCUUUCUCCUAUCAGUGAGCGAGAUGAUGAGUCUCCGGCUCUUACUCCUGUUUUGCGCACUUCGACAAACCUACCUCCACCCCGACAUCAAACGGGCCAUGGAGAUACUUUAGUCGGACAGCGCUUGUUUGGUGAUAGUGACGAUCUUGCGGGCAUUGAAGUGCUAACUUCGCAGGGAACGGAGGCGCGGCCAAGCGCUCCUCCGGAUUCAGACAUUGUGUAUCCAACAUCUUCAGCCUCCGCGUGUGAUGUUCGCUCGGGCCAGCGACCGGCGAGUCUGGAGCCGGUGAAGCCGCCCAUUUUUGACGUUGGAAAUCGAAGAUACGCUCCCAAAGCUCCUCGCCUUAGGUCUUCCGACAGCGCGACAAGCCGUGCUGCAGAUCGCCGCGCAUCUAAUGCAGGUGGAGGCCAGAGUCACACUCAACAUCAGGGAAGUAGGGAUCUGACGCAAAUGCCAGAGCUACAAAUGGAGGAUUGGAGGACGAUUCUUCUCGAAGAAGCACGGAGGGAAAUCCGUUCCGAGUUUUCAAAACAAUUUUCGGACCAAAUGGCGGAAUUCCAGCGCAAACAGGACAUCCUCGAUGAUGCUACUGCACGAUUUGGGGCUCGGUCCUCUACUGGAGCUCAAAGCCUGCCUGCAGCGCCGAAACUGCCUGCAGCAGAUUCCACCCUACAACAUCCUGGGCAGAGUAGUGGUUCUGCCUCUCGAGCGCGUGCUGAUUACCGCGAUGCGUGGCAGUACGAUUCGGUUAUUCGGAACGACAGUCCGGAUUCCGGAAAUGGAUGCGGGCGAAGGGCCACUCCGAAAUUUCGGAUAUGAGCCAGCUGGGGGCUCUUGCCAAGAUCAUCGACGGGAGCCGGUCGGCGAGUUUGAGGGCCUCCUUGAUCCGCCGAACUCGCCACUACAGAACCAAGGUUCUGAUCAAAGUUCAAGGACGAUUCGAUGCCACCAUCCCAACAUCCACAGACCGGCGGGCCUGAGCGCCGAUGUCUAUCCGAGUGCUGACGGCCGGGACGACCCCGAUCGCCUUUGCACACCUCUCGAAGACCUUCACACAGAGCGGAGCGUCCGAAGUGACCCUUUAGAACACCAAGCUCAACUGGAGCCGGUAGUAGUUGAGGGUUCAGGAAGAGUAGACGCCUUCGCGGCGAGAGACUGCGAUGACUUGUUUUCAGAUGCGGUUAACUCUGGGUUUCCAGUAUGGAUAACAGGAGAAACGCAGCUCGGGAAGCCUGGCGGCAACUAUUCACUACCUCGGGUUGAUUUUCUCUUCCCUCAGAAUAACGCGCAACGAGAUAGCAGAAAACUCCUAGAACAGUGCUUGACCCGCGCUACCGCUACUUUGAAAAUUAAGCUCGGGACUGCUUCGACGUCCGUCUUGACUUGUCUGCGCGGAGUCUUGCUUGGAGCUGCGUUCUCCGCAGGACGCGCUACUCGCAGUGAGAGGAUGGGGCAUCAUUUGGAGUUCCCUUCUGAAAAGUCUCUCCGGCUUUGGGCAGCUGCCUGGGACUUGUUUAAACAUCAUGGAGCAGAUGGCCUUUGGUGUAGUGAGUACAGUUCGAUCUGCAUUGUUCUUGUCUCUGUUGGUUACAAGGGCAAGGCGCUAGUGUCACCCGGAAGUGGUUCGGAGUAUUUGUCUCCUACGGUCGCGCCAUCAUGUGUAUUUAGGCUCCGACACACGCUUGCGAAACCUGACGAACUUGGGUGGCGUGUUGUCAGACCUCGGAAAUCUUGUGGUCGCCUGCCCAUUCCUGGACAUACAGCGGCGCCUUUUCCGCCAGUUACAGGCGGCUCAUUCGCCGCUCUACGUAGUGACUUUGCCCCGCCAGCCGGCCGGAGCGACCCAUUAGUAUCUUUUGUUCAUGGUCUUGCUCCACAUUACGCUCUGAAGGCUGAGGCGAUUUCACAAACCCCGCAUUUUGGCACUACGUGCUUAUCUUCGCACUAUCCUCCAGGACUGGUUCCUGAGUCGCCGUCUAUGGUCCUGAUAUAUGCGCCGGCUCUCCCACCUGGCGGGGUCCCGAGCUUAAGAGCAGGCCAUGGUGAUACAGCUAUCCCUUCGUCUGCGGUUUAUCAUCCGGCGCGACCUUCGUCUUCAGGAACCCGCGGACACUCGACAGCCGCUAGUGCGAGUCCCGCUCUUCCGAAGCCUAGACCGACAGAACAACUAACAGGACACUCAGCAUUUGUAAUGGGACCGAGUGGAUCGCCAGCGAGCGCUCAUCUAUCGGCCAACCAGUCCAGACCCGAGUUAAACCGGUCUGACAUCGGAGUUGGUGGUCCCGUUACUCCGCCCUUACCAGCUCUGUGGCUUAUUUCUACUAGGCAUAAUUUGGAGCAGAAGCCCCUAGGGGAGAUUGGCAAGAUCAACGCUAAGGAGACCGAGAAGUCCGUAGCAUAUCUUGUGUUCCUGAACUUUCUGACCUUUACAGAGACAUACCAGCCGAAGGGAGAUGUGUCUGCCGGAGUGCCCACACCUUCAGCGGGCAAUUCCAAGAAGAUGCAUCCUUAUCGCAGAAACAUGCCUUCGGCGCCGCCCAUAGUAGUGGAAGAGGUCGUCGGCGACAACCUCUCAGCUCUUUCCCCACUGGAACUGACCAUCCAAAACAUGGCCAGUAAGCAUAUUUCAUCACUUGUGUCUGGGUCUGGCGGCACUUUUCAGGCCAUUGUCCGCCGCCUUAACGGAGCCGCUACACUUGGAGGGUCUGGCGCCAAGCCGCUGGAGCGACAGGCGCCCUCCAUAACCUGUGAAGCAGGCAUGCCCCAGGUAGAAAUGAUGAACGAACGCGAAGCCCUGUGGAAGUUCCUUAGAGAUUUCGACUUCACGCAGACUGCUUUCGAGGCCGUCAAAAUCGAGUCGAAAGUAGGAAGAGACGCGUGGGACAUUGCAAAUGCGGUGUCCGGUGACUUAGACAAGGCGUACGCACUGUUCACGGAACUAGAGAAGGGUUGGAGACUUACGUAUCGAGGUGUCAUCCGAGAAGUACAGUCGCAGAGAAGCUUGCUGAUUGGACAAAGAUUUGAGAACGCGAGAGCCAACCGCCUCCAGUGGGCACAGCAACAGAAGGGGCACAUCUCCGAGCUGAACCGCCUCUACUACCCGAAUUCAGACCCGAGCAGCCGCAACGAUAGUAAAGUCUUUCAUGCAAUUCUUAGGCCGCUUCAACAGCAGGGCAUGUUCAUGGAAACAUGUAAAAGACCAUGAGACAGGACGCAGCCAUAAACGGACGCACCUUUGAUAUUGAGGCGGGCCGACGACUUUCAGAAGUCCUUGAAUUCGUCAUCAAGGACGCACUUGGUCUUGGGGGUCAGUCAAUAGAUCCGGAUAGAUUCUAUAGGGAACGACAACCCAAGAACCUCCAGAGUCGCCGACUCAACGAGGAGCAGGGCGAUCAGGAGGACUACAACAACGAGUAUCAGCGAGGUGGAACUUUAGAAGGGCCAUCCCUUUCAGGUGCGGACACCCGAAAUAAACUCGACGUCGCCGGCCUGCCUUGGAGAUCUACAGAACCGAACCAAACAAAAGGAAAGGGCUCUGGCAAGAGCAGUAAGAAGUGCGGCGGUAAUCACUCUCGGCUUGGCUGUGUUAUAUUCCACCUUAUUACAGCUGCCCACUGUUUUGCGCACACUACGACACCGCAGAACGUGGAUUGCCCAACUUGUGGCGCGGAGCAUGGUAGUAUCAAGAUAAGACGCGAAGGAGUGGCGGACCAAGUUUGGAUCUGUGCUGAUCUGAUUGCGAAAUGGAGAACUGAAAACGGCGCUAAGAUGCCAAAUGGCACUUGUUUCAACUCAGUGGACAAGAAUCAGCUGGGCUACCUUUUCAAGAAGGCCUUGCAGGCUUUUACAGAGAAGGAGCGGUCGUCUGAUAAGACUUUUGUUGAGAGCGAAAGAGUCUCGCAAGCGUUACGCGAGGCACGGCUUAUGGGCCACGUCGUAAACCAGUACAAACCCCGACUGGCACGCUCCAAAGUCAGAGAUCUAAAGCAUAAGAUGCUCCAGACGGUGCGACAUCUCGGGGGAUGGGGUAGCAGCCUGACACGAGAUCAGAGAGCUCGAGUCUCGAAACAGCAGCCCGAGACUAAACCACCGCGUCAGGACCCGACCCAGCGGAAGGGUAAGCAAGAACCUGCUGUAGCGACACCGUUCGGACGCGUGACCGACGGGACUUUCGCCGAAAGAUCCCGGUCGUUUCAGAGGGUGUCUGAAGCUCCUGCUGCACCCCGCUCCCCUACGGUUUCACCACCAACGCCACGAUCUCAGCAAGAGUUUCUGAUCCCGCCACCUAUGCCGUCGGGACACAGAUAGCGGCGUUUAGAAGUAUCCCAAGAGCAUGCUGAUGCCCUUAGGAGACGCCACGAAGCCAGCCUUUCGAUCCCGACAAGGUCACCGCCUUCGUCUACAAACUUCUUGCAGAGGUUUCUGACCCCGCCACCUAUGCCGUCGGGGCACAAUUAUCAGCGUCAAGGUGUAUCCCAAGAGCAUGCUAAUGCCCUUAGGAAGCGCCGCGGGCCCGACCUUUCGAUCCCGACAAGGCCGUCAUCUCCUUCCGCCAUCUUCUUGCAGAAAUUUUUCACCCCGCCACCUAUGCCGUCGGUCGGGAUGUAACUACCGGCGUUUAGAGGUAUCCCAAGAGCAUGCUGAUGCCCUUAGGAGGCGCCACGAGUCCGACCCUUCGAUCGCGACAGGGUCACCAUUUUCCUUCGCCAACUUCUUCUCUCGUUGCCCUUGUAACAGGCGCUGCUUGCGGAAACGGCGAGGGAACACGAACGAAAGAGAGGCCCCACCGAGUGGAGCUUCAUCUGACAGGAGGGCCCGAGUGUUUGAUGCAGGCCGUUAUCAACAAGCCGCCUCAAGGACUGUCGGUGCCGACCCGGAGGACAUGCACACAACCGAUGGCGACGAUUCUGUGUCGGGCGUAGGCCGCAAAGUGGUUCGAGACACGUUCCCCGGAGCUUUGCCAAACGUUGCUACCCCUUUUUCGACGAGCGGACCUACAUCAGAAGACUCCUGCUCGAUACAUGUGACUCCUGCCCCACAGUCGGACGACUUCGAGAGCCUUUGGAAAGUUAGCCUGUCUACGAAGGGCAUGGCUGAAUUCCUGAAAAGGAGCCCUCCCUUUGAAGAAAUUGUGGAAGAAGAUUCUGGACAACAGAUCCGCGGUAACAUAGUUCUUGUCUCGUUUCUGUUCAACGACACCCAGGAGAUAGUGGAAUUUUUCCACCCACACGGUAGCAGCAUGUUGCUCGCCUUCCAGAAAAAACGAGUUGUGGACGAAUGGAUAAGAAUAGCUGCUCAAGCUGAGAAUUGUGUGGACGCCGGACCUACUACAGUCGAGGACGAAGAUGAUGUGGUAGCUCACAAAAUAGCACAGCUACGACGUGCUCAUAUCCAGGCAGAGCGCCGACGCCACUACCGUAACGUUGAGUCCCAUUUUGCGGAGAGGUUUGGGCUGCGUUGCAGUCCUGCUGAUGUUACAGGACUUUACACGAGUGAUGGGCCAAGAUUUCGAGGCUCCUUGAACGCUUCGCCUGAGCUUAGUCAAAUUGGACCUGGAGGCAAGCGCAUCGCCCCAGAGCCAUUGCCAAAUCGAAUUGCAGCGGCAGUAGUAUUGCCACGAGAUGGAGACUGUCCUGAGUAUUCCGUUGUCAGCAUUUUGCCAGACUCUGGCUGUGCCGUCUCCAGGCACUUAUAUGGCAACUCUUUGGGAAAUCGGGACUAUUUUGACCACCUUGGAGCGAAGAUCCAGCGCGACAUGAGCAAGGUCGAGUAUACCGCCUUUGGUUCACCAUCUGCAGGCAUCCGACAAGGAGUGCUCGAAUAUUGUGAAGUAUCUCUUGCCUUUGCAGGGUAUGACUCCGAGGAGAACUACACUUCCCUCUCAGAAGGGCUUUCAGCCCCGUGCAGCGUUUUGCCAUCAAGGUUUCGAUAUGUUAAAGCGUCAGCAACAAUCGAGGACGCUGCUAAUGGAUCAAGAUUCUCAUGGCUAAAAGAACCGGAAAACGUGGCGGAUCUUGGCGACGCGACAGCACCAGGCACAUUUGUGCUGAUGCUAGUGCCGUGGUUGUAUGAGCGCGACCGAAUUGAGUAGGGUACUGGUUAAACGAUACUAACCCGGUUGGCGGCAUUUGUGACAAGCUUGGGCGUAUUUUGCUCAGCAGGUUGCAGAACCCUUUAACAAAGCAGAUUGCUCCCCUCUAUGUGCAUCGACUCCCGCACUGGAUUGACAAUCCGGUCUUCCAGAAUACUCGACGAGUCCACCUCCCACCGGAGGGCUGUGGUCUUUGCGAAACGCGCGAGAUCUCUUCCUGCACAGAGGAAAACUUGGAUAGCACGCAGCAGCCGCAGUAUAUUCAGCCAGAUGAGCCGCUGCCAGUGUUUUGCCGGCUGGGCAGUCACAUCUUAGAAAUGUCGAGAUGCGGCAGAUUUUCUGAACUUAGUACAGACGACCCAGAUUCGACCUCAGGGCCUUUGGGUGCCCUGCGUUCAUGCUCUGUAGAAGAAGCCGACAAAGAUGUCCCAGAGCACGCCAAGAAGGCAGUGGAGGAACACGUCAAGAACGGAUCUGCUACUGAUGAACUUCGGAGAGAGUUUGUCCCAAAGUUCUCAGUAGCCUGUGGAGCCUGGCAAUUCCUUAUUCUAGUAGUUCAGCUUCUUUACAAGGUGGCGACUCCUAUCCUCCGUAUUGCAGCGGUGGAGGGGUGCGCCUUUGAGUGGCUACGAUCCGCCAAGGUCGGAUGUUUUGUUGGAUUGGAUCAUGCAACAGGAUCUCUCCAGUUCCUACUUCACCCCAAGAUGCAGAAGGUUGCCGCGCUUGGAUAUGGUACUAACGUUUUCGUGUCGCUGCGGAUGUUCCUGGGGCUUGUUUUCGCGCCAGCAGUCUAUUGUCUUUGGGUCUCAUUGGUUUUCUUCAACCUGCAGGAUCCUGGAUUUGAUUCAAAAGCACUAGCAGCAAUUGCAACAGGGUCAAUGGGGUAUGGCGCGCUCGUUGGCCAAUACGGACACGAAAUAGGCAAGAGCACCUAUUUGCCGCCUUGCCGCACUAAUGGAUCAGAUGAUCUUUUUGGCGACUCCUUGCAUGUUGAUCCACCUUCAGACGAGAUGCCGGGCGUAAUCAAUUCACUACAGGAGAGUCUUCCGAUUGGACGACGCUACAGUGUGCCAUACGUGGACGAUUGUAAUUACAGAGCAGAUAACGCGCUCCAACUUCUUUUCCGGCUCAUACAAUUUCUCGCGCGUUGUUGUGCGUCCGGAUUUAGCUUUUCACUCAAGAAGAUCUCUCUCGCCAUCAGAGUUGACAUACUCGGGUGGGAGUUAGAUUACGAGCAACGCUGCAGGAGACCAGACCCGCAGAAGGUUGCAUCUCUGGCUAGGAUGAAGAUGCCUACGACGCUUAAAACGCUUAAGAGCUGGGUGUGCGCAGUCAACUAUAUGCCAUGUUCUAUCCGCGAGUGGCCUAAGAUCCUGGACUUCUUUACUGACUUCAUGACUAACAAGAGGCCCAUCAAGGAGCUCGCAUCUGACCCGCGAGCACAAGAACUGUCCAACCAGGCGCGUUCGGAUCUGAUGCGAGCAGUCGAGCUUUGUGAGUUAGAUGUAGACUCAGCCAUCCGCUGGAAAGAGACAGGAGGACUCCUACGAUUCGGCAUUGACUCAUCCAGAGAAGGACGCUCUGUUUUUGCAGUCCAGAAACAAUUGCAGAAGCGCCGAAUUGUUUUCGCCUCACGUUGGAAGUUUGGCGCAGAGGACCAAGCGAGGAACGCUAACAGCUCAGGACGAAUGGAACUUCUCGGGUUGCGUUAUUUUGUCCGAGAAAUUCUCCCACGCAUUCCGCUGGCUGCUCCGAUAGCACUGCUUUGCGACUGUUCGUCGCUCGGCGUCCGAGAACUACUCACGGAAUCAUUGGAUGUGCGUUCUCAGCGGUCUGUUGCGGCAAUGGCAAGCGAAAUCCAUGCCGCCCUUUCGUCUCGAGUUGUGUAUCGGGUUCAUCGGAUUGGUGCAUCUUCAAACCUAGAAGAUACUGGCAGUAGACAUAUCGAAAACAUGGAGGGCGUUGAGUUACCGGAGUCAACGUUUGAAGAGUGGCGGGACAUUGUCAAGAACUUGUUCUCCCGGGUGCGUCCGGUCGGACAACCGCUGCGGACUGUCGCCGUUGUCCCCACUCUUGAAGAGACUCUCAUGCUCCUCUCACUCGAACAUCCGUUAUUGCAUGCGGAUGGUUUGUCCUGGGUAGUCGAGAAAUCGAGUCUCGCGCCAGGAAUCCCGAGUCUCCAUGAAAUUCAGGUAGACCCGUACUCUGUCUUCCAUCGCUCACGAAAUGACAAGCCCUACUAUAUUUCUGUCGAUGUCAGUUUCACCUCUAUGGUUUCAGUGCCCGGGGCUCCGCUGGUGCUUCCGCUAUCGGAUCUUGCGAGAGGAAUCCAGUUUAACUGCACGCUUGUAGAUAAGAGUAGCCGGGUCCUCCGUCCUAUGCUCGUUUUGAGAGACGCCGUUACGGGAGACCAGCUUAAGCACGUUCGUGCUCGCAUGACGCAGAUAAGUGGAAUGGCGCAGGACGCACCAGAAGCAACACAAGAUGACGCCGACAAGUCGCAGCAUUUGAAGCACAAGACAUACAGAAAUGCGAUCUCAGGAGAUGCAACGGAGGAGCAGACUAAAGAGGAAAUCGCAGCACGAGAAAAGAGUAUGUCUGACACAAUUGACGCGGCCCAGUGGGAGGAGACCACUUUCAAGACGCUCUCUAAGAGUCUGGCGCUGCUUCCUUUCCUGCUGCGCAUGAUGUUUAUCAAAAUUGUGCUGAUAUUCCGGGAUCAGGUUUGGGGCCCUGGGCGGCCUUUUCCUACAGUCCAGCUGUGUAAAGUCUACCACCCGUUGGACGCGAGAAGUCCUUUCGGUGUGGCCCGCAAAUUUACACUUCCCGGAGUACUAGACGCAGCCAUCUUGUUCUUAUUAUGAGAAGGCUGCGCCGAAGGCUUUUUGGCGCCUUGCCAUACGUUUGCAGCGCAGAUUGGCGCGCCGUCGUUUCUCCGCUCCAUUUUCCUGGCGAAGAGAAGGGGAUCUUUGUUAGGGCGAUUGGUUGUUGACGCUGCCGCGUUGAGUCGCGCAUUGCUCCCAGUAUCAUGGCCGACUAACAUAUGCUCCGAAGUUUGGUCUGAACUGCUUACGGGGUUUGAGGUUGUUACGACCAACACAGAUAUACCGCAGCAACAAGGAGCCAUCUGCCUAGAGGACAACCCGGCGCAGACUCUUGCUGCCGCUCCUCAGACCCGAGUCACUGACUUGGGCAUUUGCAUUUUGAGCCACUCGAGGAGCCUUCUUGAGCGCAAGGAGGUGCGAGUUGUUUUAGUACAUCAGAUCAACUGUGUUACGCCAUCCGCGAAAGGCAUUGCGAAGACGAUUUUCGAUCUGUUUCCCUGGGCGAGCAUCUAUAGCGACGGCCCGAAAAGAAUAUUAGGGAGUUGCUAUUUGAGAUGGGACCCUGAGGGCGAGAAAUUUGGUGUCGCUGGACUUGCCGGACAGCAUUAUCCUGGCAAAGCGGUGCAAGGGUUUGGCGACCCCCUUCGCCGUCUUCAGCACUUCAAAACCUCCUUGACUAGACUCAGUGAUCUAGUGAAGGCACACGGAAAGACAGAUGAUAGGGAGGUGAUUGCUGUUUUUCCCGCCCGAAUUGGCUGCACCCUCGCAGGAGGUGACUGGGAAAGCUAUCGCGAGUGCAUCCAGAAGUGGCGCGAAGUGGGCGAAUCUUUCUCACAGUGUCUCAUCUGUUCAAGGCCACCAGAGAAGUCUGCGAUCCCGAUGGCGCCUGCCGCCUUUGCUUCAAACUCGCAAUUAGAAGAAGGCGACAUAGCUGACGAAGACAGCGCGGCAAAGGAAGCGAAGCUACUCCCAGCAGCACCAACACCUAACACAGUGAACAAGAUUCGACUACCUUGUGUACGGUUUUCACUACAUGUUAGAAGAAAGACGGAUGAGCGGGGUGAUAGUUUGGUUAUCACAGUCCCGGACGCUUCUCUUUUGCCUCCUUCAGGCUCAAGGUGGUUGCGUUUUAGGGAUGAUUGGCCGUGCCCAGCGGGCCGUGCCUAUGAGAUUGUCCUCAAGAUGUUUGGGCACUUCCUUGGACAUCCUAAGGAACAUUCAUGGCGCGAGUUCCAAGCGCUUCCGAGCCGAGAGACGACGCGCAAGGCGGACGUCUGGCACUCGUGGCCAUCUUAUUUGCCGAAGAAGGCAAAGCUACAUGACCCACAGAAGCCGCUCCGUCCAGCAGCGGUUCGACUAUAUGAAUGCGAUGCAUACAUACAGUUCAGAUGUGGGUGCAGUCUUGCAGUAGAUGUUCCUGAGGUGGGGCCACCGCCGGGACCUCCAUGCGACAUCCCAGACAUGUUACUUCCAGGUGGAAUUGAGACCGAUUCUAAACUGCUGUUUGAGAAGCUUGGCACCUUGUUAGAGGGGGGCCACGUUUUUCAUGACGAUUCCAACGUGGAUGGUUCUUUCUUCGAGGUAGCAGAAAAGUUCGACAAAUCAUUUCAUCCCGGAGAUCUUGGACAUUCGUGGACCACAAUUCACGCACUUAUUGGCACAGGGGAUGCGGAGUCCUACAAGUGUGAAGGCGCCUGUAGGUUUUAUUUCAUCUCUGCCAAGGAGAAGCGGGCAUCUGUAUCAGAUGGAGAGUCGAGCUAUACACCUCUAGACGGAGGCCUGCUACAAGAGGGCUUCGAGUAUGCAGGUGACGCUGAUCAGAGCCAUACGCCUACGGAUGGCGACCCGUUCGGCGGACCCCCUGUAGCUGAGCCCAACUUUAAGGAGCGCCCCCGUAAGCGGAAAUACCGUAUCCGGCGACAUGGAGGACCACACUUUUUCCAGAUAGUGGGGGAUGACUUUCUAGAAACACGGACAAAAGAAGCAAUCUAUUUGAUUUUCUGCCGAAAACCCGUCGACUUCCUUUCGAUACCAACCAACUUUCUCGCUCGGCUUGCAGCAGCACAGAAGUCUCAGCUCUUUGCACGGUUUGCAGCACUUGAAGCGCAGACCCGACAUCCGGACUCUUCUGACGCAGCCAUUGCGCAUGUAGUCAGUGCUUGCCAGAAAAAAGGAAAAUCGGUUGCGAAACGGAAAGCGAUGGCCUUCCUUGAGGAAUCGGAUCGCUAUCGCAUUUACGCAGGAGCAUUGCAACAGCGAGUGGCAGGUGAAUGCAGAUUCCUCCUUACCACUCUUCUUGAGGCAGACCCACUGGAGCAUGAAGGUAAAGAGUACGCCCGCGCAUCGAUUGCAGUAGCAGUGGUCACACACAUUCAUGAUGAUGCGCACUCUAGCCGCGGCGUUUUGCGCUGCUUAGUAAUGCGCAGAGGAUUCUUUACUACGGAUCUUUCCACCCUUUGCGCGCGAGUAGUCGAGGCGUGCCUUACCUGCUCGAUGUCACCAGCUGCAUUUCACUACGACAUCCAGACGCAGCCCCGUUUGGAGAUGUACACUACAAACACCGAGGCACGGCGCUGCUUGUCGACUUCGUCGCCAAUCUUGGAUCGAGUAGUUUUGGUGCGGUUCGAGGGUCAGAGUGCGCCUCUAUCUUCACGGCCACAGAUGGCCGGAGCAACCUCACUUGGGCAGUGCCGACCCGUGACUCAACUGCAGAUACAGCAGCGCGGGAGACAUUUAGCGUCAUGCUUUCUACGUUCCAACUUUAUUCGUUUAUCAGGUGCGAUAACGGAUCGCACUUUUUGAGGAAAUUUCUUGACGCCUUGAACUCGCUGGUCUCCAAGGUUGCCCCCAGUCACACGGUCGGCGCGUGGCAUUCGCCGCACUACCUUGCGUCCGGGAGUUGGAUUGUGGAGCAUCCGCGUGCUCUUUUGAACUUCCUGAUCCGGAUUUUUCACCUCCAGUCGGAAUUCAAGGCUCAUCUCAAACGAGAUCCAGACUCAGGACAUCUCCAAGUCAAGAAGUUGCCUAAGGGAUAUAAAAUACUUGUCGGCACUCAUCGGAUUGAGCCCGACUCUAUUCCAGAAGACAGCAGUUAACAACUCAGAAGAAGUUCAUCAGAGCGACAUCUCGUUACAAGAAUCCGAAGCAGAAGUAGAACUUGGAUGCCAGGAGGAUGAGUCUGUCGACGCGGUUGAGGACGAUCUGUUUGCUGAUUUUUCCCUCACCGCGCGUUCAAAGAAGAAAGGCAAAGACCUUGACGACCCUCAGGAGGAGGAAACUGCUUUGCUUCCUAUUAAUUGGCAUGAGUUUGCUCAUCGCGCUUCUCUAGCACUUGCUCGCAGCCCAUUGCCUUCUCUUGAUGGAGCGUCGACUCUUGAGCGCCAUACCGGCUCCAACUUCAUCACCACAAGGGAGGAGGUUUUUGAAUCGUCACCGUCGCAGACGCUUGCAGGCGAGGCCUCACUAGCAGUUCGUCGACGAAGACAGGUCGACUCGAUUUACUAUGCAAACCGACUCCGAAACCAUCGUAAGGGACUCCGUCGCGAAGCUGCAAAAGAUGACUUGCGCACUCAGAUGGGGUCUAUAGUGGUUCGACUUCGUGCCAAGAAGGGCAAAUUCGAGAGCCGCAUGCUCCCGCGACUUUUUGUUGUAACACACCGAGGCGCUAAUAGUGCGUCGAUACAACUUUUGUCAGGAGCACCACACAAACUAGGUAAUCCGCAAAGCAUCAGAAUGAUCCGCCUGGUCGAGUUGUCUCAUGGCGCGAUCAUCGUGUACCUUUCGAAAUGCCUGACCCGACGAGAACUGGCGAAACGUGUAGUAGAGCUUGAGGAGCUCGAAGUAUUCCCGCAAGGUCAGUAUGCGCGUAUUCUUGCAGCAUUCCGUACCGGAGUCGAUCGUAGUCUCCCGACACCUACGGACUCGCUUAGUGCCGUCAAAACGGACUCGCAGCGACCUUCGAGGAUUCUAAAAGACUGCAAGACUUCUACUCGGUAUUUGAUACUUCGCCGCAUUUCGUUUUUAUCCAGUAAGCCAAGCUUUCAGCAACCACAGAAACGAAGUCUCGGAAACUACUCGAAGAGCGUUUGGGGUCGAAGUGUGCCAUCUAUUUUCGCAAUUCAACUACGCGCGUCGGCUACAGCAGCCUUGCAACCUUUGUCCGCCGCGAUUUUCGACAUCGUUAUUGGGGCGACCAGUUGGACUACAGCAACAUCCCAACGUCGGGAGGUAUCUUGGGUUUUGCAGAUCGUGAAGGCCGGUCUGCAGUGCUCGAGUUCGAUUUGUUUGGAGUUACGGCGCGCAUCGCCAACAUCUACGGCGUCAACUCUUCGGAGGAGCUGCGCCGAUUUGACGUUGCUCAAGCCUUUGACAAGGCGCUUGGUCAGUGGUUUGAUACUACCGUUUCUUCCAUAGCCUUUGGAGAUUUUAGUCGACUUUUGUCGCGAUGUCAUGUCUGUCUGCAUAGACGUAACGAUCGUGAGGCGCCGUCUUGUAGCAAACGUGAGACAAAGUCCCUUCAAGAUAGUCUACUUGGACGGGCGGCAGCGUGCGUCACCCAAGGGGAUAGCACUUGGACUUUCCGCUGCCCGGACAAAACGGGUUUCGCAAUUGACUACUUUGCUGCGAAUAAAGCAGCAGUGACACACUUCGAGAAGAGCGCCAAAAGCGAUACCGGACGAAUCCGAAUGCCGUAUGAGAAACGGCAUUUUUUCCACGUUCCCGGCCUGCGCCUUCGACUUCGAACGACGCGACGAAAUUUCGACCGCCAGACUCUCUCUAUUGAUUGCGAUAGGGUGGGUGCUGAAGAUAAUGAGACUCCUAGCUAGGGGGUAAUUAUAAAGAGGGCAAAGUAUAUUUACAGUGGCAGUAUAUAUAUCUUUACAGCGUAAGCAGACACUUCCUAGAAUUUUAGGCGUGCGGGGUUAUAUUUGUAUUAUAGCACUGCGUUAGUUCUGCCUUGUCAGCAGGCGCAGCAAGGAUAGUAAAUCUAUAGCAGUACAAUACCUACAUUUCUAGUAGUUCCACGCUGCCUGUGUCUCCAGGAGGAGCCGCGCCGCAGCUAGCAUGGUUUUGAUCUUUCGUUCAUAGAGAACUGGUCUCGCCACACAGACAGUUCUGCUAAUUCUCUAUCGUGUUCUUCUGACAUCCUUGGGAAUGGAAUGGCCUGUCAAUCGUGCUGCGCCUGAUUUGCCUUUCACAAAGUAAUAUCAAAAUCAAUUGCACCAUUGAUGCGCUACUUCCAGAGAGUCAUGGCAUAGUCGAAAAGAAAUCUACGUCGCUCUGACCUGGAUGGGCCGGCGUAAGCCUUCUACUGUUUGUUGGUGCGCUACUGAAAGUGUAUAACGCAGUAGGAUAUGGGGUUGCGCCCGUCACGACUGUAUGCAAGAUUCCACGAAGUAAGUGCAUCGCCAGUACAUAAAUAUUGAAAACACAAAAAAAUACAAAAAAUAUAUAUCUACCAUACAGGAUUGAGAACAAAAAAAAAUCGACCCAACUGCUUCUAGGUUCCUGCUAGACUUCGGAGUAUUCAAGUAGGAUAUAACAUACCAGAAAGUAAGACGAUGUGGGACGAGGAUACGCAUUCUGUGACUAUUUGGAUGGUCUCUUUUGUGUCUCUAGUGCUAGCUGCGGGAGUAUUUCAAAAGACGUCCGACAUAUUCUGCAUUUCCCGCCUUCUAUCUUCUUGACAAUUACGGACUUGCUUCUCCUUUUUGACCAUCAGCUUUUCUCUCUUCUGUCCAUUGCUUCUUGGUUUGUCUUCACACAGCUAUGGGGUCGGGGAUUCCAGUUCCACGAGUCAUUUUGCGACUUCGGUGCGGCGACACUCUUGAGUCUCUUCCUUCACAAGGUUUUCACUUGGGUUUUUUGCGCGCCGCGCUAUCUGGCGUCAGAGUGCCUGCUCCGCUGUAAUCUUUGGGGGCGCAGACGUGCUCUGACCAAUCCCGAGCCAUUUGUCACAAAUCUUAUUGUCAUCACUUGGGGUAGUUAUUACGGCCUACCUUACCCGAGUCUAGCGCAAGCUUGCGUCGGAAUGUCGGAGGACCCGGAUGACUCGGACUGUGAUAGAUCGAGGCGCCAAUAGUGUGCAGGGGUAUGGGCCCAACAAUCAGGGGCGACACAUAUCGCCGAGUGAGGAGAUGCUAGACUUUGGAAUCCAUCAGGACGACCAAGGUGUCGACGGUCACGUGCGCGCUGCUCCUUAUUCGUCGCGGCGCAAGCAUCUCCUUGUUCCAAGAGCACUCUCCAGUCCUCGUCAAGUUUUGGCGCUACGUCGUGCUCUUGGCCCUCGUGGGACGUCAAGCCUUCGAGACAGUACGGGACAGACACUUCGGAGUGUGUCGACGGGCUGCCAUUGACUUUCGCUGGACUCCUGUUGCCCUCAUCAAGCACACAGGAUACACGCGGAAGCUGGUGCUCAUCCUACGUCCGGCGACUUGGUCAGGCUGGUUCCUUCCAAUUGCAUCACUUCACGGAGAUGCUAUGGGAUUGCGUGCCAGUCUGAGCUUCACUCACUCAUGGCGGGAGGAGGGCUGCCUACUCUUGGAUGAUGCAGCGACCCUCUGGACCCAACACUGGCGAUGAGUCUCGGAAGAAGUUGAGGGACUUUCGAAGAGCAGCAUAUCUAUAACACAGGGGGGGGACAGGGACGAACUGACUCAUGUUAACAAUUCCGUAUACAUAUCCAUACUUACCACCAACAGUCCGCUCAAUUAACUAAUGGCCAAGUAUGUUGACAAAGAGAGGCGCUGAGACUAUACAUUCACUGGUAGUUCCCCAAGCAUAGUCUUUAGCAGACUAUUGUUUGGAAUCGCUCCUCAAGGCCCAGACUCUCCGGCCGAACUACAGCGGAAUAUAGGCAAUCCGCGACUAAUCUAAUCUAUCUUGAUAGAGACGACUAAUUCGCGUAUUACAGGGGGGGCUUGCCAACAUACUGACAAUCGUAAACAAUCAAAACCCUUUCACUUUACUCGAAAUAGGUAUGAUUUCGUCAUAUAUUUCGAGACCUAAUUAAUCUUACGGCGUGAUAAGGCCAUAUCAAGCACGUACGAGAGACAUAUCUAGAUCUACGACAGACCGCAUCAAGAUCACACUCUAGAGGAGAUCGUCCUAGAGAUCGGAGAGUGCGAAUCUGCUAAGACUAGAUAGCUCAGAAGAGAGCGAAAAGAUCGCCCCAUUCCAAAAGGGUGCAAAAGAGCAUUACAAAAAAAAUGUUUUCAAGAUCUGAAACAGAAGUUCCGGAUCUUUAUUGAAGAAGGACCUACUGAAAAAAAAAGCUAUACAAAUAGUCGCUAUCUUAUCGAACAAAGAAGGUUCGAGAUCGCUUCAAUGAGUCGCAUUCGUUUGAUCGCAUAUGGGAAUCGCGUUUGAUCUCUCACCUAUUCGCUCGACAAGUUAACACGAUUCAAAGAUCGACACUUGACUCAUUUAAUAUCUUUCGGAUAAGACGGAGCACAACAAUGAAAAUACACAUUUGGAUAUGGCCUCGUGUUUACAUGAUUACAUAAAUCAAGGCAAAUUGGCCCGUCUUUCAUAAGCAUUGUUUUCUUUGCCCGGCACACAUGAUUCACGGCCGAUUUGCCACAAGACUUUCAAGAUUCAGGAUUGUGCUCAAGGUCAUCCGCGUAUAGCGUUUGGCUUCUCAUUUGUGUUGAUUGUGUAUUGGUCAGACCAGCCACAGUCCGAAAGUGCAUUUAUUUGCGACAUUUGUCGACGAGAAACCUUUAUAGAUGCCUUUGCGCUACAUUUGUCACCAUCGAAUAUUUGUACCGGAAUUAUCCAUAUUUUAAAAGACGCGAGAUACGCGCCUUUCUAGGUAGUGUUGCCACUAGGGACGCAUCCCCAUUUUAGAUGUCUUAGCUGUGUGCUCUUAAUUGGUUCACGAGGGAAAAGCUGACAACUGAAGAGAGGCGGGCGCUAAAUGAGAGACUUGGCAAUGUGCAGUACGCUUCAGGGGGGGCGGACCUCAUAAAAAGAAGUGGGAAGCUGGUCGGUGAUGUCGUGAAUAUAUAUGGGGUGACCCAACCGGAGGUCUCCGAGCGGCUGAAUAAGGCGAGAAAAAUAGGGCGGGUGAUUGGCCCACUUUUGAGAGAUGAGGACAUAGAUCGGAUAGAUCGCAAGACGUUAGUAGAGGCACUGGUAGACACGGUGCUGCUCUACGGUUUGGACACGUCGAAGCUGUCUGACCAUGACAUAGAGCAGAUGCAGCAGCUCCAGGCCAAGCUGUUGCGUAUGGUGGCAGCGCCAGGAGACGAAAGGCGCAUAGGCGAGGCCUGGGCAAAGAGGAAAAAGGAGCUAGGGAAAGACCGAAGCAAAGAGCGAAUGGCCGAGGCCUAUAGGCAGGCGGAGGAGGGCAUACGAAUGAAACAGGAGGAGGUGGACAGACGUGCCCCGACGCCGACGGUGCGAAGCAAGUGGGAGCGCUUGCGGCUUCUCGCGGUGGUCGACCGCUACAGGGAGGAGAAGUGGGGGAGAUGCCUAGGCAGCGGCGUAGAGUUGAAGGCAAACAGGGGGCCAAAUGUCAUGCCCGCGAGGAGGGUAAAACUGAAGGAGAGAGACAACACGGAGGAACAGAUAUGGGAGAAGUUCAGGCAGAGAGUGACGGCGAACCUUCGUGGGAGCGGCCCGGGGGGUACGAAGGGAAUGGAGGAACUACAGAGGAUUCAGGAAAUCCUCGGGGACGAGGAGAAGCUCGACAAGGAGCCGGGGGCUAAAACCUGGGUGAAGAGGUUGAAGACAAGAAAUGUGGGAGAAAUGUUGUGCAGGUGCCCGCAGUCGAUACAUUGGAAGGAGCUCUGGAAUGCGGCGAUGAGGGUGCUGCAUGACACCAGGAGAGGGGAGAAGGAGGCACGGGACUGGACAAUGUGCGAACAUUGUGGCAGAGAAGGCCUCAAGGGGCCGCGGGGACUUGUAGGGCACUGGGUUAAGACAGUGAAAAGCAAGAAAGAAGGAGGCCCAGAGGUGUGUAGGGAAAAGGCAGCGCGAAAGAAGCUAGAGGAGUGGAAGGACGUGAAGAGGGGCGAAGGGGGUGAGCCAGGGGAAGGAGAAGGAGGAAGGGCGAGCAACGAGAUGCGCAAGAUGUUUCGGGAGUUGUACCUCGAGGGAACAGGGGCCACGGCCGAGGAGAUCGAGACCGCUGUGGCGGAAGCAAUAGAAGUGGACGCUUGGCCAUGGCAGGGGGCUGGAAUCUAUGCGCAUGACCGAGGGGAGGCGGAGGAGGUGAGGGACCUCGCCAGAGAUUCCAUCUUCUGCAUGGAGGUGCAGGAGGAGGAGGAGGAGGGAGAGCGCUGCGAGGUGCCCUGCCUCUGGCAGGUGAAGAGCUGCAGGGGCAGCGCGUCAGACAUUAGAAGGCGUGGGACGUGUCAGAUCAGUUAUGGCAUGAGUGAGGCGCAUGCCAAUUGGCUGAAAGGUGCGAAAAGGAUCAGGAAGGACGAGAAGCGGUGGGAGGUUCUCCACGGAGUCAAGCGGCUAAGGUGGGACCCGGUCGCGAAGGUUCACGCGUGUCCCUUUAAGGUGAAAGCAUGCCGCUGGCCGGAGGAGCCGGGGGCCCAGUGGUGUGAAGGGUGCAAAAAGAUAGAGGGUGGGGAACUGUGGGCAGAUCACAAACGUGCCAAAGAGGAAGAAGAGGAGAAAAGAAGAGAAAAAGGGAGGAAACAGGAAGGAGAGAAGAUGGAGCGGAAACGAAAAAGAGACGAAAAAGACGAAGAGGAAGAGGGGCGCAAACUUGAGCAGAAGAGGAGAAAGAGGGGCAAACAGGUGGGGCAGGUGCAGGCGAAAACAAGGAGGCGAGAAAGGGAAGGGAGCGAGGAAAAGAGCCAGGAGGGAGAAAAGAAGAAGAGGAGGCGGGGCGGAUCGGUCAGCGAAGGGGCUGAGAAAAACAAGAAGAGGAAAAGAGGGAAGAGCAUGGAAGAAGAUGCGGAGGGAGUAAAGCGGAGAAGGAGAGGGGCAGCCCCGGGCGAAGAAGGAGGGCCAGAAGGGGGACAAGUGCAGGGCGUAAGGGCCAACCGGGUGAGGACGGGGAAGGAGGUGGAGAAACGCAGGGAGGAGAAAAAGGGAAGAGGUUGCCAACAGCGAAAAGGGGCCGGCAACAGGAGCGCAAAGUGGCCCACAGUGAAAAGGGCACAAGGCGCAAAGUGUUGGGACGACCUGACCCGGAGAGUGGGGGCAGGGUUGAACGAAAGGGAAAGAAAGGGGCAGGCCAGGAGAAGGCGAAAGAAACCCGCAAGGGAGAGCGGGGGGAAGGUGUGCAGGCUGCAAGUGCAAGAGCAGGCAAGCGCGCAGGCGCGGAGCCGAAAUGCCGCGGAGUGAAAAAGGGGGCCAAAGGGUGUAGACCCAUGGCCAAGGGCAGCCAAGUAGAGGAGGGCAAGCCCAGCCAAAGGAAGCAAAGGGCUGGGUGAAAUGAGGCCAGAAGGGCUGAAAUGAAGGGGCCGCUUAAGGGGAGGCCCCCUGAUGGGGAAGGUUGAGAAGGCGGGCGCCAGAGGCAGGCGCCGCACUUUCCUGGGGUCCCCCGGAGGGUUGGCGGUUGGAGUUCCGCGCCCUCUUUGCGGGGUCGAGACGAGUUGGGGCCUUUUAAUCCUUUGAAGAGGGGCACCCUCUUGAGGAUUAUGGAGACAGGGGAUAGAUGGAAUCCCGCCCCACCCGAUCGGUGGGCGCAUCAAGUCAAGUCAAGGAUGCGAGAGAAGUGGGCGAAGCCGUCCUCGCGUGUGUACAUCACAGCGCGAGAGUAUUUGGCUUAGAGAGAUUGCCCCAUGAGAGUGAAGGCCAGACUGGUCCCACGAGUGGCCCCCCUUCCCCCUCUGCUUUUUACCCCUUGCACGCCCCAGACAUUUUCCGCGGGAUGAGCCGGCCGCGCGUCAUCAGCUUCGGGCUUUUUUUUAUUGCUUUUCUUACUAGCUGGGAGCGUCCGAUGACAUCCGUCCCUCCCACUAGGAUCCUCCUCCUCCCCAAAGUAAGAAAAUAAGCAAGGCAAAGACGUGAGCGAUAUGCGUUGCCAAAUUUCGAAAAUUUUCCACGUUUUGCCAUCGUUUGCGGAUUGGGUCUCGUGCGUUUGAAGUCAAGCGCUAAGACCCCAAAGCUUUUGGACUUUAAGCCCUUCCGCUGGAAUUCAACUUCUUGGAUUUGCAUUCUUCAAAUUUCGAAAAUUCUCCACGUUUUGCUGUCGUUUUGGGAUUGAAUUUUGUGCGUUUGAAGCGCUAAACUCCCAAGAUUUUUGAUUUUAGGCCCUCUUCCUGGAAUUCAAUUUCUUGGAUUUGCAUUUUUCAAAAUUCGAAAACAUUCCACAUUUUGCCGCUGUUUUCGGGUUGAAUUCCGUGCGUUUGAGGUGCUAAGAUCGCAAAAUUUUUGAUUUUAAGCCCUUUCUCUCGAAUUUAAUUCCUUGGAUUCGCGUUUUUUCAAAUUUCAGAAAUAUUUUAAACCCUUUCCCUGGGGUUCGGUCUCUUGGCGUCGCGUUUUUCAAAUUUCGAAAGUUUUCCACCUUUUUCGUCAUUUUGCGAGUGAGUCCUUUGAUUUUGAAGAACUAAGAUCCUAAAACUUUUGACUUUAAGCCCUUUCCUUGGAAUUUAAUUCCUUGGAUUCGCGUUUUUCAAAUUUCGAAAAUUUUCCACGUUUUGUCGUCGUUUUGAGAUUGAGUCUCGUGAGUUUGGAGCGUUAAGAUCCUAAAAUUUUUGACUUUAAGCCCUUGCCCCCGAAGUUCAACCCCGUGGCUUCGUGGUUUCCUGGUUUCGUGGGUUCAUGGGUUCAUGGGUUUGGGGUUUGGGGUUUGUUUGUUUUUGUGUCUGAGGUUUUGGGUUCGGGUGUUGGAGGUUUUGGGUUAGGGUGUUGGAGGUUGAGGCUUCGGAAGGGAUGUGUUUGCAAAGUUUUAUUGCUCUUAAUAUUUGGCGAUUGGAAAAGGUUCCGUGAGUUAUACUGUUCGAAAAAGUAUCCAUGUAUUUUCGGUCGUCUUGCUCGUGUCCUAGGGUGUUGCCUUAUGGCUAUGAAAUGUCAAAAGUGGUGGCGUGGUGCUGGGACUGAUGACGUUACUAAGUUUCAACUUUGUUGUGAAAGCGAUGAGUUCCAAGGUGAGAGCGAAGGGCUUCAGUCUGAGAAUAAGACGAAUUCAAGAUCUAUUUGCCCUCGUUCUUGAUCUAUCUGGCUAACUUGUUACGUGGCUGGUGGUGGGUUAUGUGAGUAUUUAGCGUCAUGCUUUGACCGUACGACUCUGCUUCUGGCUGGUGGUGGAGUAGAUAAGUGAGUGAAUAUAGAACGACUUCCGCACUGCGCGCCCAUAGUGAAGCCUGCCAUGUUCUUCCCACGUGGUGUACUUGUAUUUUCAAUUUCAUCUUUCUUGUUUGUGUUUUUAUUUUAUUUAUUUUCAUCUUUAUUACUUGUGGAUGGUGGUGGUCGUGUUUAUUACUACUUUUAUAUAUAAGUAGAUACUUUCGCUUUCCUUUGGUUUUGACUACUCGCGUAAAUUAUGGCUGGUGGUGGAUAUUAUGAGUCUGACUAUAUGGAUUCUACGUGGCUGGCGGUGGCUAUCUAAGUGAGUAAGGAUCAGCCAUUUUGUUACCUGUGUAAUGCUUAUCGAUUGGCUUUCCCCUUUGUGUAAAAAGUUUGUUUCAUAUUAUGCCUGACAUUUGCGCGCACCUCUCGAAAGCUCCUCCAUGGUAUUCAUAUGACGGCGAUAACCAUGACAAAUUCCUUUCGGCAGCAGAGGACUGGAGCUACUUUUAUCCAAUCGAGGCGUAAAAAUAAUGGGCCUUGUUUUCGGCUUUCUGGUCGUUGAUUAUUUAGGCUGUAUUGACCUUGCACGCGGGUAGAUACACGUCUGACAGCUUGCAGCUACAUACUACACACGCUACCAGUUCUACCAGUGAGUCUACCUGUUCUACACGUCUUGCCAGUGCUGCCAAUGUUGCCAGUACUACCACACCAGAUCGACCAGCUCUACCAGUAAAACUACCAGCCCUACCUGUCCCACCGGUGCUACCAAUUCCGCCAGUACUACCACUAAGGCCACAAGUAACAGCCACGCGCUGCAGCCCGCUAUUAGAAGAGCAACUACGUCGACGCAAUAUGUAAAAAGCUGCCGUGAUGCAGCACAGGGCAGGAUCUGCCCACAAGGUGACAGCUGCCAGCACAGCCACCAGCUUGCUGAUCUGUUGAGCAUGAGCUCUUGGCUACGCCGUAACAACCAGAUCGAGAAUGCUAGCUGCUACCCGUGCGCCUCCUAUCUGACCAGCACCCACGUCGGCACCUUCAACGUGAACAAUGGACAUGCGCCGAGACUGCCGAUGGGGACGAACCAACAACAACAGCAACCACAGGGGGGAAUGCGAAUGCAGACGCAAGGAGGCCAACAGCAGCAGCAACAUCAUGGGCAGGUCCACCAGCAAGCGCACCUAAUGAACCACGCAACCGGUGCGAAUGCUAAUCCAAUGGGACAACAACAGCUGACCCAAGUGCAAGUCUACCAGGGCAAUAACAAUCAAAACAACAGCGGCCAUCUAAUGGCCCAGAACCAAGGCCAGCAUCAGAGUAACUUCGUGCAGCUUUCUAGUGGUAGUGGACCAGGCAGCAACGCGAUGACUACAGCUAAAAAGUCACGUGGGCAUGUGCCUGCUGUGAUGACAAAGCAGGCCCAAGAGGAGGAGGAGGACAUCUUUCCGAUGGUCAUUAGCAGCACCAUGAAGGACCUGGCGGAGACAUGUGGAGAGCACGACCUCAUGAAGGCAGCCAACUACCCGACUAAGGACUUCUACUUCCCGAAAGCAGUGACCAGAAAACUGCUCGACGAUGGUGGUCCAGGUGGUGCGCCGACGUGUAGUCUGAUAGUCUGCCACUCUGGCGGAGCAAUGCAUAUCCAGGAGAUCUGCCUCCGCAUCACGGACACUGCGCGCGCUACCUACAUCUAUGAGAAGAUGAAACAACUACCCACUAAGCUGGACCUGUCGGAGCCAAAGUCUACUGCUGACCAUGAAAAGCAACUGGCACAGCAGAGCUCCGAUCUGAAGGAAUGCCUAACUUCUGCUGUCGGAGAUAAGCUGGGUAAGUUCGGUCAAGAAAUCCAGAGCCGCAUCUUCAGCGUCUCAAACAGACUGGAGAGCCUGGAGAAGAAGCAAGCACAAGGGAACCAAAGUGGACAGACCAUGGCGACUGGCGACAGCAGUAGCAUUAGUGGGCAUAGCAUCGCCAGCAAUACUAUGACAGGUUCGACUUCUAGCAAUAACGUCAACGAGUACCACUAUCAUAAAAUCUCUAGUCGUGGCGAGGGCGGAUCGAAUAAGAGGGACGCCGCUACUGCUCCUACCAUGAAGGCUUCUAGUAUCGGCCAACAGGGCCUACGGUCAGCCACCAGUAAGCACACCCAACAAUACCAACCGCAGCGCAGUCCUCUGACGCGAGUGCUCGGUAGUGUGGUGGCUGACGUGAAGGAGAACAUCAAAAACCGCAAGAAGAAUGAGGAAGCUGACAUCUCCCCACGCACUAAGGCGCAGAAGAAUGAAGAAGCGCGGAAGAACUUCAAGGCCAAGCAGCUGAAGCAAGAAGCUGAAGCCUGCGAUGACCUACUACAUAAGGCCUACACUGACACCAUCGAGAACCUCACCAAGAACAAGGCACGCCGCAACCCGCAAAACAACAAAGCUGAGGACUUUGAUAAUACCUACGAAAAAGAAACCAAUACCCUCCGGUCGAAGUUGGCUUGUAAGAAACCGGCUAAGCCCACCACCCGCCGCCGAGAGGCUUUCCUCGAGUGCCUUGCAGAGCGUCGAGAGUCCACCACGCAGCUGAGCGCGACGACAGUGGGCGCGAAGAUCGUGGAGCCACUGAAGACGAUGGUCAAAAACUACACACCGGAAAGCUACAUCGAUGACUUUAGGGCGAAGCUGAAACUCCGCGAGAACGACGAGCGCUCCCUCUUCUGCCUCGUCGCUACAUCUAGUGUCUUGCAUGAGCUUCGACGCGUUCAACAAGCCGAGAAGAACGCCAUCGAACAAGCGAAGCGCUAUGCACGUGAUGGCAUCCAUGAUGAUGAUGAUGAAUUUUCGCCGCUAGGUGGUAGUAAGAAGAAAGAAGUGUGAGGAGUCGCCCUCUGAGGCUGAAGAGGACUUCAUGCGAGACUUCAUGUCUGGCAGGAGCGACAACGUCAACACUGGCGGAGAUGAGCUCGGAGACGUGGAAGUGAUUCCAUGCAAGAACGGGGGAGGCCGCAACAACAACAACAACACUAAGGAAGCUGAUGAUGAUGAAGCUUUCGGCAUUGACGUCGGGCCGCGCAGUCGUGGCGCAGGCUGUGGCGCAUCUGACGCGCCCGCCGCAUUCCGCUGGCAGGCCUCGAAGUGUGGCGUGGUGCUCGUACAAGCUCCGCGGGGUUGGCUGGGUGGUGCGCGUGUGUACGUUGAGGGCGAGCCCCCGCAUCGAGCAGCGCCUGCUCGGGGUGGGGCUGUAACGCCCACGCCAGUGGGGUCGCGUGGGUUGGGUCGCGUGAUUCUGGCGGGGGCGCUGGGGUCGCAGUUCGUUGGCCCCUCGAAGUGUGGCCUUAACCUUAACGCCCGCGCUGGUGAGCCUCGCGGGCUGGUGUGGUGUCGGCUCUUUGUGUCGAGCCUUUCCCUGAGGCGUCUGCCUCGAAGUGUGUGGGGCCGCCUGCCGGAGGCCGGCCCAGGUGCAUGCGUUAGAGUCGCGGGCGCCUGCUAUUGCAUUGCGGUGGCCUGGGUUCGCUCGGUGAGGUCUUUCUUGGGUCUUUUGUGUCGGGUCGGUUGUUGCCCGGCAGCCAGAUCAGCCGGCGCGGGUGUGUUGUGGUGUCUGUCGGUCGUGGUUUUCUCAAAGCUCGAAAAUUUUAGCCAAAUGCUGACCGGGUUCGUUGGCUGGGGAUGUGUCUGCCUGGUUUCGCUUAAGAAUUUCGCAGGGGGUUGAGUGCUUUGAGUUGAAUUGGGGAGACUGAGGCCUUUGCGCAGUCUAUAACUUUGGGUAAGCACAUAGGGGGGCGGGGAUUAGACUUGAGCCGAGGCCCUUGCUUGGUUCUUUAGGUGUUGACAUAGGGGCAAGAGAUUGGAAGGCAUGCCAGUAGAAGAUACACGCCAGCCCCUCUGGGGGGUUGUUGCUUUGCAUGUGGGCAGGAAGUCGCCAGUGUUCUCAGCUGAGUGCAAGUUGAUCCUCCUCCCACGGUUCCUUGAGGGACGGCCGUGAGAUUCGUCCGCUUUUACCUCCCCCGGCGGUGUUACUAGUGAUGGAGUCCAUCCCGCGGCAGGUGCGGGCCCCGGGUCUGGCCGUAGCUGGGCUCUCCGCCUGGAGCACGUCGACGUCGUCGGGGGCGAUGUUGAAAAGGGCGGCAGGGAAGUCAGAUUUGGAGACCUCCGGGAGAAUGAGUGUAAGCUCCUGCAGGGGCUGCAGGGCAUAGCUUUUAGGCUUUGCGAAAGUGGGAAGCUUGCCGAUGUGGACGUUGACGAUGCGGGGGCGCUCUAUACACAUGCGGGGCCUUUUGGGUCGCCUUCUGCAUCCCCCCCGGUCGAGGCGUACAGAAGUGUCCAUAUGCAGAAACUGGCGGAGGCGACAGGCGACGAUCUCAUUUCGGUCAUUGGAUACGUGCCGCCUGCGCUCGAUUACAUGCCGUUUUGGACUCAGUCGCCAGAUGAGCGUCUUGCGACGUUUAAGGCGAAUAUGGAGGACAGACUCACAUUACGCAGGGAGCAGGGAAGGCCUACUUACGCGCAAUAGAAACCUGCAAAAAGCCGAGCGCAAUUCUCAGCGCCCGCAUCGGUCGAAGGCCGUCAAGCAGGCGCCCCCGUGCUUUCUGGCGGGGCCACGCCACCCGACAUGACACCAGCCACCCGCAGGGCCCCCCUUUGUGUGGUGCCUGCCCGCUGAAGCGAGCGCGCAGACGCCUGUCACGACACCCAAGGGGAGGGAACGUUUGUCGCCAUGUUUGCACAGCCGAACACCCCGCGGGAGCCUCUAUGAGAGCCGGCCAGGCCGCCUGUCUUAUGUGUGUCGGCCCGCUUUAUCUUUAAGAGGUGUGCCAGCUCGCACCGCAUUGCCCACGCCUUGCCCCAAUGAUCCCGGCGCACCCAUGUGAGGGCCUUCCCGGUUAGUUUCCUGCGCUCUUCGCAGGUGCUUCGAUUGAGGCGAGGAAGCACGCGACCGGAGUUUGAGCCAUUCGACGCUGGUGCAUUUUACAGGCUUCUGCCCGUGCCACUAGAGUAAAAGUAGCGCUCUGCCCGUCAUAUUAUGGUCAUCAAGCGAAACAAGAACGAGGUGUUGGCUCCUUGAAGAAGUGGGUCGCAGAUUUGGACAGUUGGAAGGCUGAGCAGCUCAGAGCGUAUCGGCAAUGCCCUUUUUUUUACAGCAGCUCAACUAUGGCCUUCGAGGAAAGCGACGCUUUUCGCCUAAGCACGCAAGCUUGAGCGAGUGGGCCAGUGAGAUCAUCGACCUUUCAUUUCUCCAAGCACCGGGGGCCGCGCUUUGUCACGCGGGCACCCUUCCCAUCAUCUCGCCACUCUCCAUUCGCCGUUUGACGUGCGCCAUUCAUCCUUAGCCAGUCACUUUCCUUCUCCCACCCUCCCACUCCUAGCUCAAAUCAUCCAUGUGCCCACUCCACGCUCGGCUUACGGCGGACAGCGGGUCUCACCAUCAGCGUGGCAGCCUUGGUGGGCGUUCAGAUGAGCUCCCAGCCUCUGUCCGUCUGGUAGGCUAGUCUGGAAUGCUGGCCGGCGGGCGAAGUGCUUGCGCUCUCUAAGUACGAUACUGACUCAGCCACGAACCAAGGAGGGACUCCUGGUGUUGAAAAUGAAGGGCAUGCGCGUGGGCGCUGCGUCGCUCCAAAGAUGUUCCAAAGCACGGGAGAGACGUCAGACACCACGUUCGUUCCCCAGGGAGGAGCGUCGACAGGUGCCGUUGUCUCACUUAUGCGCGGACGCGUCGAACAAGGUCCAAAGGGGUUGCGAGGUUGGACGGGAGAAGUUGCCGAGCAAGACCGCUGGUUUUAUCAGCGCGGUGGCAUCGACUUGAUGCUGCUUUGCACACCGGUAACACGCUACCCGACUCCCUGCUAUCAAAACCACGAAUCUACAACGAAGAGAGAGAGGUGGGUUGCACCUGCGUGCCGUGUUGCAGCUGAAACCGAUGGACAAGUGACGAUUUUUGCAAGGGGUCACACUCCGAUUGGUGUGGCCCCGGUUUUAUUGACUGAGACGUGUACAACAGAAGAUAUGAAGUCGAAGCAGUACUCUGUGGUGCAUAUGGAAAUCGAUACGUCUUAUUCUGGCAUGAUGCUCACUGGCGACACAAUGCCCACCACGAGCGGCCACCGGGCUGCAACUGCAUCGAGGUCGCUUUUUGACCCAGAGGAACGUCUCCACCAAGACCGCACCGACAAGCGCGGCGUUGGCAUGGGCGCGACAGUUAUGAUACUUCCUUUAUUUAGCCAAGACAGUGCUCGAAAAGGAGGUGCACAACUAGAACCAGAAGACAGAAUUUGGGUGCACGGGUUCGCGUGGCUGCCACGACGAGUUAAUCCUAAAGACGUACAUUUGGUGGACUGGGUCUGGCGGGAAUCGUCCACGGAUGAAAGUGAGGGCCCCUCCUACUUCCAGGUAUUUCAGUAUGGCUACCACGGUUCGAUCAACAGGUGCCCUGAAUCGACUAGCACACGCUCGAGCCAACACUCGGCAAAUGGGUGCUUCACCAGUGGCGCUUCUACUGUGCUGCAGGAACUGAGUAAAGGGACUCAAUCUACGGCUGCGAUUGUCAUUCCAGGAGAAGCAAUUUGGACCGGCAUGCCAUCUUCGCUUCUCUUGACACUCUGCGGCGAACUCUUCGCCCCCGAGCGCGCUUCCUCCGGUGAGGUUGAAUCAGAAGCAUCACAAUCCCAGACCCCCGCGAGUUUGCGUGGGGAGAACGCCCUGGACCGAUGUGGAGGCCCUUUGUGGCAAGAGAAGCAGGACGAUACCCAUGCCGCCACGCUUUCUGGGGAUUCAUUGGGAGCAGUGGUGCGGCGUAGUUCUUAAGAUUAACGAAAAGAAAAACAGCCCCCGAAGGCCUUAAAUCUCUCGAAGUCGUCAUGCUCUUAGCAGGUCUGAGACCAGUGGCCCAGACCAGGGCCGCAAGGGUACUAGGGGCCGACGGGCUUUGCGUCAAUUGUUACGCCGUAGUGUUCAAGCCCUUGAGGGAAGUCCUUCGACCUCGGUCGCCGUCUGGUCUUAUGGGACGAGAAUCCUUGUUCCUCCUCCAAAACCUAAAAACUCGCUAGAGUGUCGACACCUAUCUGUGACCUAGCCAGCGCAGCGCACUCACUGACUUCAACCGCCGCUACCUUGGUGCGGAUUCCCGGGCGCUUUUAGAGUAGCUGCACCGCGUGGGGAGGUGCAGACGCUUGCCCACUUCUGCGAUCCCGUGAGAUAUGUCCCGCCCUUAUAAUGCAGCAGGGUGAAAGAAGGGAUGCGCGCUCGCUCUCAGAUGAGCCACGCCGCGGAGGCGACGCCGGAAAGUGGCGGGCCUUCUCGUCUAGACGGGUUGCCCAGUUCCUCUAACUAUCUGGAGCGCGAAGCCCGGCCCUCGGAUGGCAGCGCUGUCUUGUGCGCCUGAGGACAGAACCGACGAGGCUGGGCGAGUCAAUGGGUGCCAAGUCAGUGCGGCAGCGUCUGGGCUCGUUUAGGUGGCCGCUGUGUCUAACCUACUGGCGCGCCCUCGUGCCGUCCCCUCUGCCAGCUGCUUGGCCCCUUGCCGCAGUGUUGCGCGCUUUGUUUCUUGCAAGUGCGUCGGGCUUCGUCGUGUGUGUGUGUCUGUGCGCUUUCGUGCGUUUUUGGCGUCGUUGGUGCAUUGUUCUCGCAUGUUUCUCCACCCUGCUCGCAUGUGUUCGCUUCUUGUGGCAUGUUAGCCUCUUGCGCUCUUGUCAUAAAUGGCACGAAACUACCAAAAAAACAGACCGGGAGAAACUGAAAGAGCGCGCUUUCUGGUGGGACCUCUCUGGAGUCGGACUGUGGUGGCUUGUUUUUGCAACAGGAGGAACAAGAUAAGAACGAGACAGGCAGCACGCUGAGGCAAAAGAUGAAAGACAUCCCGACCAGGCGCCGCAGUCUGCGCAAGCAAGAAGAAGGCUUUCGGGAGGAGGUGGCUGGCAGGACUGGAAAAGGAGGCGAGGGCGGUGGGGUGGAGGGACAGGACCAGAAGAGGCAGACGACACAGGACAUACCAGGCCAGGCAGCCCUAUGAUAGAACAGUUUAUGACACGAAUGGCGGCUGGCACGAAUGACACGAUUGGAACAACCCAACGAAGCCAAAAAGUGCCACGGGUGGCGCGGUUGGCGUUGGCACAAGCGGACAGGGAUAGGGAUGCGAAGGGCUGCAAUUCUACGGAAAGCCCCCCUGCCAUUUUGAAAAUGGUAAGGGAGCUAGCCAGAAACGAAGCCGACUUGGCUGCUCUCUAAAGAGUGCGGACCCUAGUGCGGCUGACCGUCGGAGGGCUGGCGCCUUCCUUGGAACUACCGCGCGGGCCACGCAAAUCCUGGUGGACUUGCAUGACCCCCGCGGAAUUCCACGAGAGGAAUGCUGCGACAAGGCGGGCGAUUUAGGGUGCGGCCUCCGCCCUAGGGUGCUGGCAGAUUGGUCGCAGGGCGCCCGAGUGGGGUCCUGAAAGCAUGCGCGCAGCAUUCGGAGACAGCGGCAACGCCGCGGGGGAGGUAGCGCCUGAAAGCGCAGGGCGCCCUAAGGGCGCCCCGCUCUCGAAGGUCUGACAGGUCCACGAAUGGCACGAAUGGCGGAGCACAUUGAAGGCCCGCAUUGGAUGCCUGCCAUUCGUUCCAACCGUUCCAUUCGUGCCAUGCCAACCGGCCCCCAGCCUUAUAAACUGUUCUACUUUGAAAUGGCGCGGCAUAAAAAGGGGACAAGGGAGCCGAUGAGGAGCAGGAAAGCCAAGAACGAAGGGCACAGAGGACAGCGGCACCAGGGUGGCGGACAGUGGUAGGAAAUAUAAAGGAACCGCCAGGACGGGCGCCGAAAGCGCUGACGCCUUCCGCGGGAGAAUCUAUCGCAGAGCCCGGGAACAUCGCCGAAGAAGAGGACAAAGACACCAGCGAAAAUUGGAACGGGGCGAAGGGUGGGGCAGGGUGGGCCAGGGAGGUGCUUGGUGAAAAAGGGCGACAGGCUAGGGAAUGAGCUAAAAGGAGUGGGCGCCAAUGGCUUGCUGUGGCAGGCUUGUGGGGAAGUGAUCGAACUGGCCAAGUUGGUUCGCGAAAGCGGCGGGGCUGGACGGAAUUACUUGGGAAGCCUUCAAGCGGGGCCUGGCGAACUGGGCGAAGGUUUUGAAGGAGAUAGACGAAGCGAGCGGGGCUGAAGAAUUGCAGACCGGGCGGGUGGCGUGGCUGUACAAGAAAAGGAAGGGGGGCAAGGCUCAGGGAAUAAACUACAGGCCAUGCGCCGCCUUGCGGGUCGCCUACAGGGUCACACGCAACGCGCACAGGCGCCAGCUUGGGGGAGUCAUAGGAGACACCACCGGGAGGGCCCGGCGGUGUGCAGCAUGUCGCCCAGGCUUAGGCGGAGCGUAGGGGCUACCCCUUCGACGUCGUGGAACUCAUAGAGGCAGAGGAAACGCCAGACCUUACCCUUGCGCCGUGUGACUUGGGCAAAUCCUUCGGCCGAGCGUGAAGGGGAAAGCUGUGGAGAAUCGUGCCGGAGCUAGGCGAACCAGCGGGAUACGUCGAGAGGGUGAGGAACCUACACAAGGCGGCGCGGAUGGUGCUGCAGUGGGGAAAAUGCCGAGCAGAGGAGAAAGCGAGCGGCUUGGGAGUGUAUCAGGGGGCGCCAGUGUCCCCCUAUCUUUUCAGCAUCUACACGCUGGCGAUGGGUGAAGGAAUCGCGUGAAGACUAGAGGGGGAAGGCUUGAGGGGGGUAGAAGUUACCAGGCCAGCGGCCGCGACUGAGAAACCACGAAGCGGCUGGCAGGGUAGCCAGCGCAAGGGGAGGCCGAGGGUGAAGAAAUGGGGGGAACUUGGCCCCCGAAGAGAGGCAGCCGCGCAGGGGGGUGGCCUUGGAGCGUCCAAGCGUGUGAGGGGCUGACAGAGACCAGGGCAGGGCCCUCGGUCUCACUGUCUACGCUGACGGCGCAAGCAGAUCGGGACACACGGCGGAGGAAAUGGCCUCGGCGGUGAGGAUCUUCGAAGAGGUAGGACGGGACGAAGUGCAGCAUGAUAGUGAACAAAGCAAAAACGGAGAUCCACGCGAGGCAGAAACUAUCCCACCAGGAGGGGAGGGCCUUAUGUGAAAGACUAGGGCGCAGCGACUUCGACGCUAAGGGGGCGGAUCGGAUUAAAAGAAGCGGGCGGCCUGUCGGUGGCGUCGUAAAUGUCUACGGUGCCACGCCGCUGAACAACUGGGCUGACCGUUUCCAACAAAGGGCAGCCCUUCCGUAGGCGGUGGGUGCUGCUUCCAUGUGUGGGAGGCUGGAGGGCUUUGGCUGGUGUUUGUUAUCUUUGCGGAUGUCGACGGCCUUGAAGGCUUACGGGGGCCACGCGGUGGCUGGGUCAGUUUGGCGCAGGGGGGUGCGCCAGGCCUUGGCCUUGGCUGCAUCAUCAAAAGGCUAGGGCUGUGCUACGAUAGAAACGCGGUAGGCGCGCACUUGUUGGGGCUGGCUCGGUUUCGGGUGAAGCGGGGGAGCAAUCGUUUCGCCAAGCUAGGGCGGGGCGCGUGCUUGGGUGGGGGGGGGUGAGUCUGGUGCCAGGCUUUCGCCUUUAUUUCUUUGGUCAGAAUUUUCCGGGCAGCGUCAAUGGCAGGUAGGGACUUUUUUUCUGGCGGACACCGGCAACCGCUUCAGGGCUGCUUACGCUUGAGACGGGGCGCGGGCUCAUAGUGGCGGGCUUGUCGAUGUCGGGCGCCGUGAUGGUUACGAGUGGGGGAGAGCUUGACGCCGCAGGGUGAUUACGUAGGAGGCAAGCAGACAGCUUGCGGGGGCUUUCUGUCGGGGUCUUCGGGGUUGCUUUUGGGGAUGGUUUGCAGGCGUGGGCAGCGGCGAUAGCUCGGCGGGAAGAUUUCGGGGUCCUCGGGUUUGUUUGGUGGGUUCGUUUGGGGCCUCAGGUCAGUGACCCGAAAGCGGGCCGGAGGCCGGUCGGCGUGAGUUGGGUCCAUGUGUGAAGCUCUUAAAGGUCUCGGGCAAGUGGCCUCGGUCGGUGGGGUGUUGUCUGCGGCUGCGCGCUUGUCAGCAGCUGCGCACCUGUUGGCCAUAGGUCCACCACGCUGGGGCCUUUCCACAUUGUUGGACCGGCUUGGGCGUGCUCCUCUUCUGUUUUUGUUCCUCUGUUUCGCUCCGUGCCGUUGUCAUCGGCAUAUGCGGAGGCAGUUGAAAUGUGCCGGCCCGUGUGCUUCUUUCACAUUUCGCGCUCAGAAUGUAGCUAGCGAGAAGCCCCAUGGGGCUUGUCUUUUUUGAAUUAUUGUCGGCUCAGCGGUCGGGGGCUCUUCCGGUUCUGUGGUCGAGCAGGAUCUGCAAGCGCUUGUGGGCUUGUUGUUGGCGGUAAGCGUAGGCUUUCUCGAAUUACAACGCUGACCCCUUGUCGGGGUUGGUUGCUUGUUUUCUUUUCGCGUCUUUCGUUGGAUUUGUAGUCGAUAGAGAUUUGGUCUUGGGAAGCUGUAGCAAUCUUUUUCAGGCCAGGGACCACUCCUAUGCUAUGACACAAAAAAAAGCAUUAGUUCUAGAAAUUUGCGAACUCGAUAGAUGCCGCAACUAGGUGAGUGCCCUGAGUUGCCGCAAGCUAGUGGCGCCUUUCAACGGGCCGCAGAUCUUUGGAAUGCCUCGCGCGUUUUUGGCGCCUGAUAUCGGUGCCCGCGCUCCUCCUUGUCUGUGCCACCUGGUGGCACUGUGGCGCUUGCUGGAAUGCGCUUGCUGAAGUACCCUGCUCGUGUGGGGCUUCGCUGCGAUGCAGAUAAGCGGCGACGGCGUGGCCUCGUUAUUUACGCCCUGCGCGCAAGGUUCUACCCUACCCAUUCAUAAGGGCCCAACGCCCUGGCGCUUGUGCUGAGCCUAAAUUGUUAGAGCGUUUUUUCUAGUCCUGCUAUAAAAAGUGUCCUAUUGUUUAGGCUCAUUAGAGUCUGGAGCUUUGCGGGCUUCGAAGAAAAAAGCUCUAAUGCGCUUGAAGCAGCACCUUUUCAAACCCAUUAGGGCACUUCUAUCCCCCUUGCGAAAUGUUAGAGCGUUUCAAAAUAAUCCCCAAGGAUUUUCUGUCGCCUUUUAAUGCAGCUAGGGAGUGGGCCAGCGAUCUCCCAGGGGAAGCGUAGGGCCCGCAGCGGUCAGCUGGCCCCUGCUCUCUCGCGCCAUUUCUGACGCUGGUGCUGCACUGAAAAGGCAGACGGGCAGGCGGCUCCUGCUCUUGCUGGGGGAAAGGCGUGGACAGGGUGAACGCUUGGCCGUCUUCCCCAGAGUGGCCAUCGGCCGACCCCUCUAAAGAGCCACGCAGUUCCCCGGUAGGGGCAUGCGCAAUCGGUGCGGCGUCUACGUAUUUUGCAAAAAAUUAGGGCUAGCGCUUUUUUUUAUUUCAUAUUUGCCCUCCGCUACGAUUGGUGGGUGUGAUGCCUUACCGAAUGCGGAGCGGUUGCGCGUGCCGCGAGUUCCAUGCGCGUAAUAGAUAUAGAAUUUUCGUUUUUCAAGAGGAUGGGCUGUCUGACGAGUAACUAAGAGUCCGACCCGUCUCAGAGUAUACCGGUUCUUAGCAGUUCUCCUGCUCGGAUGUAUACUUCAAACUCCCGAGCAAGACACUUCGAAUCAUUUCUAAAAGGAAGGGGGGCGAAGAGGUAGUCUCUCACUGGAAUACUUGUUGCAGACAGCGGAUGAUUGCGUUAGCACGGGGUGGCGAGGUAAUAGAGAUAAGCACCGUGGCGAAGUCAUUUUUGAAAGGGGCACAGGCUUCGGCACGAAAAACACCAAGACAGCAUGCGUGUCUUCAGUACGUUUUUGA